AUGGCUUCUGCUCCACCUGAGGCGAGGAAGUUCACUCGAGGGCUCAAUAAACCGGGCACCGCUGCAGAGCUGAGACAGAGCGUGUUGGAGGCUGUCAGGACGUCAGUGUUGGUGGUAAGAGAAACGCUCUCAUGCACAUAGCACUGUCUGGUAGAGGCUUUUUCCCUUCCAUUAGGAGGUCAGAGGUCAUGAUAGAGGUUUAAUGCCUUGCUCAAGCUCGAUAAAGUCUGGACCAUCUCCUGGGUAUUUGACUGUAGUAUUUAUCUGGAAAUGGUGGCAUUUCUGUUACUCUGCAGUCAUUUGCUGUUGUAUAUUCCUAAUUUCUGCUUCUGCAGGGUGUCUUUUGUUACAACUUUCUCAAAAAGGUUGCCAGGUAACAGAAAUACACACCACCACUUCUGAAGGGACAAGAAAGGCGACACACAUGAACGCGUGCACACUUCUUCAGUUCCUUCUGUCAUCUGACCCUGCAGGUGCACACUGCAACCAGAUAUGUUUUAGAGAAACAGCUGAGUAAUACCAAAGCAAGAAAUUGCGAAUAUACACUGCAUUUGUGGUUGUUUCUUGAUAGGCGGCCCGGCUUGUUUAUAAUGAGGACAGCGAUUGCAUUAUAUAGGCAUGACACAUCCACUGUGAUAAAUCUGGUUCCCCCUCAGGUCCUUGAACUGCAUUAAUGUUUCUGCAGACUGCAUUUUUCUGUUUCAACUCACCCUCUUGCAGCAUGCAUAUCCUAAGGGACUGGUCCACCACGGCUCUGACCUGACUUACCCUAUGACUGUGUCUUGUUGCAUAAUAGUGAUCAAUACAUGCCACUUUUCUGCAACUAAUGGCGUUUGCUGUCAAUUAUAUCUCUCUCAUGGUCCCAGUGGCCUACUGAUCUUGUAAGGGAGUCAUCGAAAGCUACAGACUGCCAGCCUGAAGCAGAGGCUUCAGUUAUAAUGCAGCAUUAUAAAAACUGCUUAUAUUCACACAACAUUUAACUUAAAUCCUUGAAAAUAAAUCUAAACAUAGAGGUAAAUUCCCAGUAAAGAGUCGAUUAAGUUCAUUCAAAACGGCCUAAACUCAAUGAGUUUUUGUGCAUCAUCUAUAGCAAGGAUGAAUUCAGUAGACUCCACCCGACAGAAGCUCUCCAUUUUUCACAUGCGGUCUUAUGAUAGGGGGAGCUCAGUGGUCCAGGCCCUGAUCAGUGACCAUGACAUCAUCUCAGUGCUAAUGAGACUGUAAUGGGGGUUGGGUUUGCGUCAUCAUGUUACACAUGCAUUUUGUGCAUCAUCUGCUUCACAGUACAGCGAGGCAACGUGCUUAGAAAGAAGUGGAGCAGAAAUGAAGCCUCCAUGUUGUGCAAUGUGAUAGGUCCUCAUAAGAGUCAAACAUUACCUUUAUUUUGUGUUUUGGGUGUUUGAAUUUUAAAUUGUACAGUUUUUAUGGCGUUUGUUCAACAGAGAUAGGAUGACAAUUCUGAGACGAUUGUAACUCAUGGGAAUAAUUUGACCUUUUGAAAAUCAAGCUUAUUUGCUUUCUUGUACGUAGGUGAUAAAAUACUUGGUAAAGUCUGUUCAACACGAUGAAAAAUAUUCAAAAUGCCACACAUAACUCACACUACCUGAAAAUUUUUUUGAACUGUAGACUGGCUGAGUUUUUCUUGGACUGUUUUUCAGCCAGGUGUAGAUGCAGCCAGGAGUCAUUUAAAGGUGCGGUGUGUAGUACUUUGUUGGUAAAAUAAAAAGACUUCACAUGUCCUAAAAGGCCUGUGGUGUGGUAGAUAGGGCCGCCAACUUUGGGUCAUUUGGUUCUGGGUUCAAACCACGAAAAAGGGCUCAUAUGUGCGCAAAUGGUGCAAGUUCUUGACAGCAGGCCUUCAGUAGGGAAGAAUAGCAUGUCUGUGGUGUGUCAGAGAGGGUUGCUGCCUGUGUACCAAACAGACCUGGGUUUAAAUCCAGAGUAGGGUGGUGGACAGGCAGCCAUCUUUAAGUCAAAUGGUUGUUGGUUCAAACCCUUGAGUAAGGCUGCCAUGUGAAGGACGACUGAAGUGCUGUAUUUGUUGUUUGAAAUGGUAGGAUGGAAAGACGAGCACAGCAAGGCAGACCUGUGAUGCUGUCUGAAAUCAAAUGGUUGUGGGUUCAAGCCCCAAGCAGUUGCUACCCAAGAGAUGGAGGAAGAAAAACCUUGUUCUGUUGAAGUCUGAACUUAGUUUUGAAUACCAGAAAUAACUGAUGUAAUAGAAAGGCUUAAAAAAGGCAACUACUGCCAGACAGGCCUGUGGUGUGGUGGACACGGCUGCUGCCUUUGCUGAAGUAGUCCUGGUCUCAAACCGUGCACAGGCGUUUUCACAUGAAGGAAGAAUGAAAUGCUCUCCAUUUACUGUAGUUUUAGCCCAGCUUUUGAAAACCCAUAAUAAAUUGGUGAGAUGAAAAGACUGAAAAGGCGACCACUGCCAGGCAGGGCUGUGGUGUUGUGGAUAAGGCAGCUUCAAUUGAAUCAAAGGGUUUAGGGUUCAAGCUAAGGGCAGGGAGAGAGGGAAAGCAGAGGGACAAACAGGGAAAAGUCGAGGAAGGAGGAUUCACAGACUUUACACAAAUGACUGACAGAGGCUUUGCUUGAAAACUGUGUGAUUUUGAAACUGUGGCUUUCUACACACCUUGAAAUCAGCAGCUGGCCCACGCCUCGUAGAGGGUACCAGAAGCAGAAACUGCACCUUCAAGGUCAAUCACAAGGUAUGCAUCUGGGUCCCAUUAUAUUCUUGUAAUGGUACAUCUGCUGCCCCUCUAUUUUUGACUGUGUGCUUAUAGCGCAGCUGCUUCCCCUGCCCGUUUGACACAGAGACUGACAUGCUGGUAUGGCUAACGCAAACACUUAUAGAAUAGUGGACAUCGAAGUAUUUCCUCAACCACUCAGAUUUCACCCAGCGAGACGAAGCCUGGACUGCUGGAGCUGGAAGUAUUUUGUAGAUGAAGGACAGAAGUUUCCAUUAAAAGAGUCUCAAAUUUAAGAUACCCCUCCCCCUUCUGGAACAUAAUCCAUUAUUCAGUCUUAAUCUUCGUCCCCACACUUGGCAGUUAUGUCAUAGCAGCCUACUAAUUCAGCCUUAGCCCACAGUGUGUGGAGUGGCAUAAUGGAUGUCAGAUCAGAUCUCGGGGCUGUGUUUAAUAAUGGAUGAGAUGAUGGUAGGUGUCCUGGCUAUUUUUAAACGUGCCCUCUUUCUCCUCUGUAACUCGGUGUCACACUAAGCACCCACGGGACUAUCAAUUAUGAAUACCUGCAUAUGCGAUAAAUCAUCCAGGUUCGGGACGGAGGCCGAAACAUGCACCGAGUUGGACUCUUGCACAAACACACAUUAUAGGUAGUUAGUGCAGGCGUGGCUGGCGCUGAGCUCUACUUUCGUAAACAAAGUGGAGGCCAAGCUUUAGAGCAGUAAAGAAAGCUCUCGCUGGCUUAAUAAUCACUUCCAACUGUGGGAAAUGCUUGCUUGGAGGUUUUUUAUACCUCUAACUUCCUUCUCCCUGCCUUGCUGAGUUUUCUACAUUCACCGUAAUCACACAGGCAAUAAAAAAUGCAUAUAAACACCCAAUCUUGCCUUUUCAAAUAGUUUUUCUCCUGUCUCUUUUAGCUGCGACUCAGACAGCUUUUUACUCAAACACUAAAACCUGUGAUGCAUAUCCUGUAGCCAUGAUAAAAGUUAACAUCCAGACAUAGAGUAAAAGCAAAGCUAUCGGGCAUUUUAGUUGAGCGAGAUGUAUUUCACCACUUCCAACACCUCCCAUCACAGCCACCUCACACCAGCAGCUCAAACCAUGGAGUCCCACCUAAGAGUGAACUCUCCUCCAAAGGAUUUGGUCUGAUUAGAGCAUCAAAAACCUGGCAGAGAUAAUCUGCAGAUUUGUAGAUGCUGUGGCACUGCUGACCUAUAUCAGUGUCAUGAUACGGGAUCUGUGCACGAGCGGGUAUUUGGUCUGCUGCUGGGGUUUGUGGGGGAGUACCGAGUUGCCGCCUCUGAAAGCUGAGGCUGGUCUUGCCAUGUGGUUUCCACGUCUUCUCUAUUUAGGCUGCUUCAUCCCCUGUCGUAAACACCCUCUGUCUCUUAGCUCUCACAGCCACUCUCUCAUGUGUGUUUAUAUCUGCUUUGUAAUUUGCCUGCUGAUGGGCCUCAGCCUCGAUCGCUCCCUCCACGACAGGAUUUUGACAGGUUUCCAGUUUCCAUAGUAUUCAGCAAACAGGGCCAGCGUCAUUCUUCAGAGCCUCGAGGCACAUAUAUGAAGAAGUCAGUUCUUGUUCAGAGCCACAUCAAUUUUAUUAGGUGGUUGCUACAUGUUUAUGUUUCUCCUACGUUGGUUGCGGUGUUAAUUUAAGGGAGCGUGUGAGAGAGAUUGCAGCUCAUUGCAACAGUGUUUUUAAGGGCUCCUUUGUGGUUUAUUUGGCGGGAAUCUGCCUGAAAAUGAACAGACGAUAACAUACAUUUCAUUCCUAGAAAAGGAAAAUGUUUAUAUAUUAACCCUGAAUUUUAGCUUUGGUUUAUAAAAAUUCUGUAGACAAUCUGCAGACAAAACACAGCUGAAUUUCAAGUGCGCUAUUGAUUGACAUUACAUUAUUCUUCCACAAAGCAGUGCACAGGGGAAAUAAAAGAGCAGCACGGAGCUUAAAGACAUUUACACAAAUAGUGGGUGUUGAAGAAAAAAGCUGCAGAGACAUCCUUUCAAACAAAAAAACACAAAUCCUGUUUCUUUGUGGAGUUCAGCUGACAGCUCUGUCUGAUAUCACAUGUAUUGUCUGUAAAAUAUGGCAGAGGUGAGUGGUAAUUUAUCAUAUUUACAGCCAACAAAGCAGACAAAUGGAAACAGCAGCGUGUGCUGAAUGUGGAGAUGCAAUCAUUGGAGAUUUCGAUGGUACGAUUUUAGUCUGAGUCAUAGUCACAGUUUUGCGAUUAUCAUGAUUAAUAUGCAUUUAUAAAUUUCACAGCCUUUCUAAGGUAUCAAAUCACAUGGUCUUUGUUUUUAAGAUGAGGUUUUGUGAGUAAUUAAUGUAAGACAGAUGAUUUCAUCCAUCCCACAGAGGGAUAGAUACACUUAGUGCAGAUGUUCAUGUGCCUAUAAUGUGACCAUGUGAUUGCAGCAUUAAUACUCCUCUGCUGGUGCAUUAAGAAGAUUAAACUGUUUAUGGUGGACUCGAGGCUUACAGGGGUAACACUUUUGCACUCUUGAUUGCAUAAUAUCCUCUUGUGCUUUUGAGUAUUCAACCUGGCGGUAAAAGCACAAGAGGGAAAUCUACAUUCCCCACAAUGCAACAUAAACAAAGCAUAAGAGGUUGGAUCAUGUCUUGCUGGUUGAUUCAAACUCCAUUUUUAGUUUGUGACACAGACCGUGUGCGUCAGAAAUAAAUGUAUUGCCAACCCAGGCUGAAAUAACUGGGAUGAUGUCAGCCUUUAAAUGUCCCAGGCCUGAAAAAGCUCGGGCGAGCUUUUUAGUGCCCCUCUUUGACCACUAGAUUGACUUUAAUGUGUAAAAUUAGUGGUGCCCCCUUAACUCCACUCCAGUUAUUCACACAGUAAUGUGCCUUUAAUAAACCCAUGAUUAACAUAACAGUUGCUCGUUCAAUCUGCAGUGCAGCCUGCCUCGUCUGCAAAAAUUGGGCACUGACCAUAAAAAAUUCCUCUGACCCAGUUGACACAGUUGCACAUCCAGUUCUCCGUGUAAAAAUAGCUUUUUUACGUUAGCAUGGAAAACAUCCACGAGCCUUCUGGCUGCUCGUGGAUCCUUCCAUCUCUAUGUUAGGCUCAAAUAGGUAGAAUCAGAGCAUACCAGUGGCCUAGAUUCACUAUAAUAGAGACAAAAGAUAUCUAAUUACUGUUUGGAGCAAAGUUGAGCGCAGCCAACAGCUCCAAUCAGGAUCGAUCCGGUCUUUUUCCCCUUUUUUUUUUCAGAGUGCACAAAGAUCCUGUUCCAGUCUGCCAGAUUACCUGCAGGCUUUUCAUGAGACUCCCAAUGCCCAAAUCACAAGAGUGUAACCCAGAUUCAGCAGCAACCUUCAUUAUUGUUUGCCUAAAUUUAGAUCCCUGGUGGAACUAUUGGCACAGUUUUCAGAGAUGAAGAGAAUCACAGUGAGAGACUUGCACUGUUUAAAGUCAAAGCGCAAUAAGAGCACGAUCUGGGAUGCUUUUGAGUGACAUUUUUGAGUUAUUCUUGCACAGUUUUGGCCUCAGAUUUAGACCUAGCAUAUGAUUCAUGAGGAGUUACCCCACUUUUAACAGCCAGUUAAUUAGCUGGGAACUGUUCUCAUAAUGCUUUAUACAUUGUGCGAUAUAUUUAAAUGUAUUUUGCCUUGUAGGUCCCUGAACAUGAUUUCCACCCGUAUAAGCAAAAACAGAGCUCAAGCCCAUGAAGUAUCCCACUCUGAGCUUUGCAAAACAAACCUUUGAUAAUAUUGCCAAUGAAACUUUGUGUCUUAGAAUAUGAGUCAAACAAAGCUUGCAUAAUUUCACGUCCCACCCUUGUUUUUGUUCAGGCUUGCAGCUGUUUUGACAUCAUUUUUUAUGUUUGCUUUGAUUCAUGUGCUCGCGUUGGCAGCAUGUCUCAAAAUUCUCAUGAAAAGAUGAGGUAAGAAAAGCAUGGCUGGGCCUUUUUUUUAAGUGUUGUUGCAGUGUUUAGAGCAGCCUGUAGGGGGCAGCAGUGAUGCAUACUCUAUUUUCAAGCUUUGUCACCCAUCCUCCAGUGGAAGUGACAGAUCCAGCUUAAGUAUUCAAAGAUGCAGAGUUAGUGAAAUAAUGUUUUCUUAAAGAAGAAGCAUUUUGUGCUCUUUUUAACUGUGUUUUUAUCCCACUUUUUCAUUAAGUUGUAAAAGAAUAUUUUUUCCAUGUGGUCAUUUACCACAAAAAUCUUAGUCAUGGCGAGCUUUGAUUUAUUUGCUUGUUUUCGCUUGUGCAAAGAGAAACGCUGACGUGUAUAACCAUGAGUUCUGGCAGUACACCAAAACUGCUCUUCAUUCACUCUCCUUUAAACAACAGCGUCUCUUAGCCAGGAGUAAUCCCUCAUAAUUAACUGGGACUUAAAGACAGUGUGUUGUUAAAGGUUGACCACACUGCUCUGAAGGACUGAAACUCUCAUUACAAUGAUGAUAAAGUUUAUGGAGUGAAUUUAUGACAGAGGAAGGAUAUUUUACAAUGUGAGGAUGAGCAUCUGAGAAGAGCAUUAUCUUUCUCGCUGACUCAGAGGGAUUUUCCACCACACUCUGUGAACUGUUUUUAUUAGUAAACACCACAUGGACAUGACUGAUUCAUGUGUUUUGUGGCUUCUGAUAAAAUAAUGUUAAUAAUGCCUAAACCGUCUGUGUGAAAAGGUCAUUGGGUGCAUCAGGGGCUGCACUUGGAUUCAUUAGAUUAAUGCGCUCUCAGAGGACUAGCACUAAUUUAUUGAACAGCGCUGCUGAGUAUUUUCUAAAUGAGCUCCAAACACUGGAAUUGCUUUUUUCCUUAUCUGUAUGAGUGCGGUUUAGCAGCUAAUUUUAUAGUUGUAAGUUUCAGGGUCUGUUUUUGUUAAGUGAUUUAAUUUGUAUUCGGAAAAGGCCAUUUCCACAACAGUUUUCAAAUUAAGUAUUAAAGCAACCCCAUCAAUAAACCAGAAAAUUAGGUGUAUAAGAUCACAGGUGUAUUACUUUUUUGUGGUCUAAAAAGUGAGCUGUGUCCUGCAAUUGGAGUGUCAGUAUAAGAUGCAAAUAGAGGUAUUGAACUGUGCGAUAAGAUGGCGAACAGCUGCUUUGCAAUGGACAAAAAACUGGAUACAAAGCAAGGUGGACUAGGCUAGUGUCAGCACUAGAUAAGCCUCAUGGAGUGCUGGCUUUGUCUCAUAUGGAGUCUUAGUUGUUUUUAUUUUAAUGAUUUGGGUCCACGACUCAUGAAAACCAGUAAGAUUUUGAACAUUAGAAAGGUAGGUUUGUGUAUUCUCUCAGUUCUUGGCUGGAUUGUUCAGAAGACAUGACACCCUGGAUCAUCAGACUGCAGCAGCUUCACUCUGGACUUCUUGAUGCACCGACUCAAGCUUCAGACCUCUUCUUGUGAAGCUCCCACAGGUCCUUAAACUCCCUUUUCUUGAGAACUCCUUCAAGGCUGCGGUCAUCCCUGUUGCUUGUGUAACUUUUCCACUUCCCAUUAAUAUUCUUCAAUACACCACUCUGCAAACAGCCAGCCUGUUCAGCUACGACCAUCUGUGGUUUAUCCACAGUGUAGAGGGUGUUGCUGAUUGACUUCUGGACAACUGUCAAGUCAGAAGUCUCCGCUUUGGUUUUAUUUCUCUCCUGAAGCAACAUGAUUCUUACGCUGCUUGAAAGUCAAACUUUGAGAUAUGCUUGAAUUUUCACCUUCUCAAAUAACUGACGGUGAAUAUCAAACUCUUUAAUGAUGUUUUAAUUCAUUGAAAUGCACCGCAUUCGUCAAAGUUGCACCAGCUUACUUCAGCGCUGUUUUUGAGUCAAGCCCCUUUGAUUCCACUCAUGCUCUUUCUUGCCUGUUAACGUAGUUUUCCAUUUUGCCCGUUUUGCUGCAUCAUCCACUUAAAAGUAGGUGAGUGUGUCAUCGUCUGAUGAAAUAUUUACGCCAGCCACUAGAGAGAUGCAGGAGAAAAUUCAGAGGAUUGUUUUUGAGUGCAUGUAAAUCACCCUUACGUUAACAACCCUAUACCCUGCUGGAAAUAGAGAGAGAGAGAGAGAGAGAGAGAGGAUGCUGUGAUGUUAACAAGAUGAUGAUUGGGUUGCCAGGUUUGUCCCAGUUGUCCUAUGACGCAUCAUUCUUAAUGGAUCAAUCCAGUGAAGUGUUAAUGGACAUGGGCCUGGCAUUGCAGGUCAAUGGGAGUUAAAUCAUGCCUUUUUAUGUCUUGGAGCGCAUGUAAAUGACCUCAGAAGGAUGACUGCAUCGCUUGUAAUUUCAUUGAAAGAGGGAGAAAGAGGAAGGAGGGAAGGAGGCAGGGUGAAAGAGUAAAACAUUGUCUGCAGGAGCCAGUGUGUGUGGGUGAGAAUGUGUGUGCGUGUGUCUUUGUUGGGAACAGUCUGCUUUUACUGUUGACAAAGCGUGCAGGGUCAGAGAAAUGACUAAGCUGCGAUAGAGAGAGGGAGGGAGAGAGGAGGACAGAGUGAGGGAGAAGUGAAAGUGACAGACGAUGGAGAGGGAUGGAAAAGCUCAGGGAAAAGAGCGAGAAAAGAAAGCACACCAGUGAUGAAAAGAGAGAGAGAGAGGAAGCGAAGUGAGAGCGUCUUAGCAUCCCCCGGCAGAGGGUGGAAGAAAAGGAAGAGGAGUCAGAGAGUCGACGCCCUGCUCCGGCUGAAUGAGCAGCUCUGCUUCCUCUCCUCUGUGUGCUCAUCCCUCCAUCCCCGCCGAGCUGCACACAGGAGGAUACGACUCAGCGGACUGCGCUCGGACUGAGAUUUGUUUCUGGAGAUAGUGUUUCAAGCGGAAAAAAUGGGAAUCCUUUACGGCGGGGGGAGAUGAACUGAUACCUGAGUGAAUUUGAAAACCUGCCAGUCGGUGCACCUGUGGGAACUUCUCUCUGAAAUCCUGCAGAGGUGAAGUUGCUGCAUCUACCUGGUGGAAAGUGAAUGAAUUAGAAAGAUUAUCCCUCCCUGCAUGGUUUUGGCGUGUGUUCGGCGGCACUAUGGGAUGCACCACCAGCGUGGUUCUGUUGGAGGGGCUGCGCUCCAUCCUUGAGAGGAACUGCGGCUACAUCAAGGGGGCAGUGGAGCUGGGGGGUCUGGAGGAGGAGGAGGAAACAGUGAGUCUGAGGGGAUCGCAAGUCUGGAUACCCACCACUGCUUUGGUAAACACACUUGCACUUACUGUUAUGUGUAUCAAUUGUUGCAUUUUGUGUUUUUAAUUGAACACAACUUUUUGAUUUUGCAGCCUUACUUUGCAAAUUUACAGCUAAGGAUUUGUUUACAAGUAAAAGCAAGAAAGAUUUAUGCUCUGGAAUAUAAUAUAGAGUUGAAAACGAGUCAUAUUUAGUGCGGUAAACGCCCUCCUGUUUAAGUCCAACUCAUUUUUAAUUAGAAUUUCUUUGCAUUUUCUGGCUGUAAAGCGUCAUGUCUUAAUCAAGGGUGGAAACGACAUAAAAAUGAAUCAUGUACAGAUGGAGCAAAGCCUUGCUGGAUUAAACAUGAGUUACUGCACAUAUCAGCAGAAAUUCUGCCUAAUAUUCCUCCUAAUAGACUCCCCUGAGGAACCAGAUUUAGCAGCGGCGAGUAUCUUCAGUGGCCCCAAUCACACAAUUACCCCUGAAGCUUCAAAAGCCGAAUACUUGGCCGCAAGGAAAUAAAAGAAACAUUUCAAGAUUUUAGCGAUUUCGCGUUUUUCUGUGCGAGCAAAACAAAAGUUGGAUCUCGAAUUCAUGUCCACCCUGGGUCUGUAUGUGGGAUUUAUGCACUACUUCCCUCCAGUUAGCUCCAUUAGCCUGCAGCCCGCCCUGUGUUAAGUCAAAGAGAUUUGAUGGACAAUCAAUAGGGAGGGAGUUAAGUAGGAUUGCUCGUGCACGUUAAGUCAAGGGCAUCAAGUAUGAACCAUUAUCACUUUUGGAUGUUUUCUUUGCAGCCAUUAAGCUGCGGUUGGCCUCCUGUAAUCCUUUCCAAUGAUUACAUCUGCAGUAGCCGCGGAAAGUAUCUGUCCAUUAACAUCCAAAUUAUAGUCAAGGCUGGAAAACACCAGAAGGGUCCAAGACUCGGCCUUAAUGUUGAAAGUUUUGAACUAAAAAUAUUGACUUUCUCUGCAUUAUAUAUGUUGCCGAUAGAUGCCCUGCAGUUCUCGAAUGUAUUCAUUAAUUCCGUAGCCCCUGAAUCUUGGUUUCAGAUUAGAUAUGUAUUUCUUCAUCCUCAGAAGAGACAGUGAAGUGAUUCAGUCUCAUAAGUGAAAAUUUCCUCCCUUAAAGAAGCGAGAAUUCGUGUUUAUUCUCAGAAACAACACAGCAAAGACAUACAGCAUGUCGUGGAUCUCCAGCACUGUUUAUUUUCACUUCACCAAAAACAGACAGUUUUUCGACAGGGUAUUUCUUUUAAUGAAUGGUGUUAUUUUACCAUCCAUUGAGCAACCAAAGCCACCCUAAAAGCCAGCAGCAGACAGUCCCUUUGCCUCAGCGACCUGUUUGCCUCUCUUUGAAACACGUUUAAAGCUACUUCGAGGAGCUUUAACCCGUUAUGAAACAGACUUGAAUCCACUUUGUGUCCUCUCUUAGUGAUAGGUCACUCAUAUAUAAAACAAACAGAUGCUGUGUUUGAGGCCACAGGUUUUUCUCUCUGAACGAACCCCAUUUAGGGAUUUUCUGGUCUUCAUUUCUCUCUGCACCUCCGAGAGCUCUGACAUCAUUUAGAGACUCAGGAAAAUCCCCUCUCUGGUAUGGUGGUUAACUUCUCCCACAUGUUUUUUGAGUAUCACCUGCAGCUACGUUUAAUAUUUCUGACCGCUGAGCUCCUCUCUGAUUCUUUGAUUUGAGGAGAUCCUGCAGUUUUGUGUGACAGAUGAGUGGUUGCAGCUAAGGACGCGAACGAGUGAGCACAUGUGGAGGGGGGAUCCGUCUGGAGGGGAAGUUUCACCUCUUUUUCAGGCAACACCCUCACACUUUCUCUCUCUGGGGCGCCUGCAACGAUGAUCAGCUCCCAAACAUUACGUCAACCGGCGCUUAUGCAAUUCUCCGCAGACUUCUGUGACGCUUUACGUCUGCAUAUGCGUGCGUACACGCCUCAUGGGAAGGGUGUGGAAGGCUCACAUGUCUUAAUGGGUUCAAGCUGUGCAAAAACAAAUGGACGCCAUCCUUCUCCCCCUCACUUUCUCUCUCCAGCAACUCCUUUUUGGACGUCAAGCUCCUACGCAGACAGUCUUGUAAGCUAGUUUGCACUCCCACUGUCCGACACAGACACACACACACACACAAACUCACACAUCCUCGUGGUAUUGCUGGCAUGGUACCAGCCCUAGCUCCAGGAAGCGUGAUGGUGUGAGGGCACUCCAGAGAUGUGGGUGAAUGAAGCAGGGAUGACCUCAGUGCAGGCAGGGUCUCUGACAAGAGGCUGAUUAUCACGCUGAGCUGGUGACGCUGUCACUGAGGCCUCCACAGGACCAUGGCGGGGGGGACAGUACAGUCAGCAGUCUAUUAGAGACCGAGGCCACAGGAAAGUCAAGAGAGAAACCUGUGAUAGAUUUGCUUUGAAUAUUCCAUCUGAAAACCUCCUUUAAAGCGAGCAGUGAGUUUCAACAUUUCCUGGAAUCCUUCUUGAAUAAAAAAGGCUGUUAAAAAGGAACAAAACAUGCUUCAUUAGCCUCAAAAUCUGAGGGCUGAGGAGGAAACAAGCUGAUUUUUGCUCUGAAUUCGAAAGAUUAGUGAAAUCCAGAUCAGACAUCUAUAAUGUGAAGUUUCUAUGCAGCUGUGUAGCUCUCCUGGUGCUGUAUUUAUCCUUAAUGAGGAGUUUCCUAUCCUGCCAGCUUCCCUUUCUUUGGACCAAAGAAGAGACAAUCAUCAUGAACAUUUUUCACUCUUUUCUGAAGCCAAAUCACAACUGACAACAUCAGCACAAGUGCAAUAAAAGUGGUUACCAGAGGCAGCUCUUCUGUGCUAACGCAGCCCCCGUCACUCUUCGAGGUUUUCCAUCUCACCUCACUUCAGAGAUGCCCUGAAGACCACGUGGAACAACAUUAUUUCACAGCCCCCGUGCCGUUUCCUUUGGUUUUUAAAGACGCUAUUCCUCUUAAAGGUACAUUUCAGCGAGUCCUUUUGAAGCGAGUACAGUUGAGACAAGUUAUGCUAAUGAUGCACGGUGCCUCACACAUCAGAGGAGCCUGCCGCACUAAAAGUGAAUGCCACACACAUGAACACACACCCUUGACUGCCUUUGUGCUACCUUUUGUUAGGGGGGCAUAUCACUGAGACUGUAGGGCUGAACUGACGGCCUUUGAAGUCACCCCUCCUCGACUCUUCUUCCAGUAGAUAUAAUUGGAUGAGUUAUUAAUCACGCUUGUUGAGUCAGAGAGAUACAGUGGCUUGUAAACAUCUGCGCGGUUAAGGAGUUUUGUGUGUAAGGCAACAAAUGAGAGAGAAAAACCCUCCAAAAUGCAGGAUUUGCAUAAAUGGGCCCUCAGUAAUUCCUCCCUGAAAACUCUAAAUGUCAUCGUUCUGAAACACGCUCUCUCUGCGAUAGAAAACAGCUGAGCCGAGGCGCCUCCAUUGCUUAGAGAUAAAAGAAGAGAGAGUCUCCUUUGAGACAUCGCUGCUGACUGGAUGGAGAAACAAGGGGGCAACUCAAACUCUUCCUGAAGCAGCAGGAGAGUGUGUGUGUGCGUGUGCGCCAGUGUGUGUUGCGUAUAAGAGCCGGAUGAAGGGAAAGUGUGUUUUCUCUGACCCUGCUGUGGACGCCUGCUGCUGCGGAUACGGUGUGUAAGAACGGUUCAAAGCAGAGAAAAUAUCAGCGGGGAGCAGAACUUUAACAACACAGACUGAGUGUUUAAAGGUUGGUCACAGUUAUUUUAAGAAAUAUCAACAGUAACAAAAGAUGUCUUGAUCGGCUUAUUGGGCCAACCACCCCAAUCCUAUUCUGAGUCCUGAUUCGGUACUUGUGUAUGUCUUGAUGACAGAGCUGCACAAAAGGAGGCAAAUCUAGUAAAAGGGGUCUUUAGCUUAUUCAACCUGUAUCCACUAUCAUAAAUCUGGGUGGGACGUCCAGAGGUAAAUUCAACCACUCACUCUCCCGUGGAGCAUUUUUUGGUCUAAAAGAGGUCUAAUAGACGUCUAAAUGUGGCCUAGACAACUAAGUCAAAAAAUGAACGUUUUUUUUAAGACGUCUAAAUUUAGACCAAGUCUAGACUAGCUGGCUAACAGUGGUCUAACUGUAUAUUGCUCAACAGCAAUAGUGAGUUGCAUAACUGAUCUCCAAGUACUUAACCAAACUUUGGUCACUUUUUUUAGUUACUUUUAAACCAAACAAAAGCUUAGUGGGAAGUGUUACAGUAGAGAGGAGAAACUUAACAGACAGAAACCUCUAGCAGAACCAGACUCAUGUUAGACAGUCAUGCUGAGACUGGGAUUAACCCAACUUCUUUCUUUCACCUUUUUAUUAUCAAUGUAUCUACACACACACACACACGCACGCACGCGCGCGCGCGCGCGCACACACACACACACACACACACACACACACACACACACGCACACACCCAUGUAGGCAGGUGAAGCAGGCACAUGACAACACGAUCUCUGAGCCUCUUCCAAGUUUUUAAUGAGGGAGUGGUUGAACUCUGCUCCCCUCCUCCCUGCAAAAAUCGCAUACUGUACAUACACAAACACACACACUCAUACAUCCACACACUCCCACAGCUGCACAGCUGUAAGGGAGGGAGGGGCCGGACCCUCCUGAUGAGAGACAGAGCGGGAGAGAGGGAGGCUGGGCUAUUGUGAUUGAGCACAGAGGGAAUCUCACUGGACGUCUGCAGAGCUCUCUCGGUUAUCACACACUGCAGGCGACUUUAAACCAUGGCCGAGUGUGUGCGGUGAGUCUCUUCACCUGACUGAAGGAUACACACACACAUACACACUGAGGCAGGAUUGAGCAGCAUGCAGGGCCGGGCAGGAAAAGCCCCUAAACGGGAGAUGGUGAUAGAGUCCCCGCAGCAGUACAAGAGCCUGGCUGAGAUAGAGGCAGAGGUGGAGGCUGUGUCACAGGUGGCAGCGGUAAGUGUCAACUCUGCCAUCUCAAUAUAAAGUUUUUACAAGAUUUUGCUCGGAGAGUUUCUCACUUACAGGAUCUGAUUGUUUGAGCAAGUUUUUUAUCACUUUGGAUCCUCUUUAAAGAGCAGCUUUGAAGACGUUUUAAAAGGCAGAGGCGGAAAUGGGAAAUAGCAGCUUCAGGGUACACCUCUCCAGGGGGCUGAAGUUGAUCUUUUUUUUUAAGAAAUAGGAGCACUUGUGACUUCCUUUGUUCAUUAACCAUUUCUGCGCAUCAGAGUCAGAGAGUUUGACAAGUUGGAGGCUCACAUGUGCUCUUUAAAAAGCAGUAUACAUUUUUCUUUCUUUAGUCAUUAUGUUAAAAAUACCCUUCAGUUUGGAUUAUUUCUGAUCAGCAAAUCAAGAUUAAAAACCGUUAGGUAAGAGUAUUAUUACACUGACAGUAUUUGACCUCACAAAGCAGAAUAUCUACAUUUUCAUGAGCUUUGAAAGUUGAACUUUAUCCUCACAGAGCUGCUUCUAUAAUGUAUUCAUGCGAUAAUUACGGAUUCAGGAUGAAGUCAGGGUUCACAGCUGCUUGUUGUUAUCUUCUGUCUGGAUGGAAACGAUCCAACUGGGAGUCAGAGCCGACGAUUUACUGCUUAUCAGAUGAUCUUUUACAUCCAAAGAGCUGAGAGAUGUGGAGGGAUAUUUUUUCAUUGCGUCAUCAGGGGGAUUGGUUGGACUAAUCAAAAUGUAAAUCUAUGUUAAGACGACUCUUUAAUUGGCCUCUGUGUUUAUUGGAGAUGAACCAAAAGGCUAAUCCAAAUAACCUGGACUGUAGCCACGCCUAGCAGACAUUCAAGGUCCAGGAGGCAUUAAAUAAUAUAAUGAUAAGUUAGGAAUUACAGCAAGAUGAUUGAAAACUUUAUCUAUUAUUUUUCGUGAAGCUGAUUUCCUCCAAUUUUCCUGAUUUUACUGCCGCGGUUAUUUACUAUUGAGAUGAACGAGUUAAAACAGAAGCGAAAGCUUGUUGAGCUAAUCUUGGUGAAAGGCUGCAGCAUAGUUAAUGAAGUCUCCAUGUAAACAGAUGGGGCAUGGCUCAGACUUAAAAAGAGAAAAUCAAACCAACUAUAAAGACAGAAACCCUGAAAAGCGUAUCAAUUUCGAGUGUUUUCUGGGCACUCUUGAUAUCUUAAGACUCAUCAGCUGGUCUGAAACUUGUUUGUCAAUUUGUUACAUUAAAAAAUCUCUGAUAAGAAUUUUGGAGAGUCGCUUUAAGACAGAGCUUGGGCGGUAAAAGAGUUGUUAUCUAGAGGCCAAAAAUGAUGCAGUUAUACUCAUCAGUUGGGAAAGUUGAAUUUUAUGUUCAAACUUUAUUUUGAAUGUUAUAAAUGUUUGUUUUAACUACUUGGUUACCAGUUGUAUCUUCAUGCUUAUCAAAAAGUCGUCAUAUUUUUCUCCUUUUUUUGCGUUGUGUCACUUUAAAGUCAACAUAAUUUGGAGUUAUAAACUGUUUUUUAUUUUUUUCUGAGAAGAGACGCAGCUUUAAAUCCUCCCCAUGAGCUUUAAGUAAAGCUGCAUCAGAUAGUACUCUCAUUUUCAUUCAUAAACUUGGCCUCUCUGUGAUACUUUGUAGAGGAGGAAAUUGAAGUAGGCGGAUCAGCUCUCUCUUUUUAUCGUAGAGGUUGCACCGACAACUUCUCACACGCUUUCCUUUUCAGAUCCUAUUACUUUUAUUCUCUUAGUUAGACUUAAAUCUGUCUCUGCUGAUCUUCAAAUAGAUCAAAGCAUUGUUUACUUCCACAUGGGUGUCACAUGUGAAGCUCUGCUUUCAUAAUAUCACAGUCAGGCUGGUUGAGGGAGGACACUCCGGAGCGAUCUCUGGGGACUCCUCUGAGGAAUGUAAGAGCGGACGUCUGCAGAGCCGAGGGAGUUUAAUCUGUGCUGGAUCAGGAACCGGGCUGGACUAUUUUACCUACAGCCCCACUCUGAUGUUAACAAAGCCCACUCUGUUAUCAGGAUUUAUGAUAUGAUGAAGUAAAUGUUUGGAUUGUGCGUCUUCCCCCUCUGGGUGUUGGUUGAGGAGGUCAUGCCCAUUCCUGAAAAGUCUCAGAAAACAGAUCGUAAGAGCUGCAGAGACCACGAGAGGUUUUGAACGUGAGCUCAUGACAUACUGAAUGGUACAAUGGCACACACAGACUCUCGCUCAUCCCUCUCCUCUCACAUCUAGUGUCUCCUUUUCUGCUAACCCACAUUCAUCCCUGUCUGCUGCUGCUGUAACUGUGAAGGAGACAAUAGCAGCUUGUUGGCCAGACAGCAUAAAUACCCCUGAUCUCCUUCUGUGUCUCAUCCAACAGCCCGUGUCCUAAAACCCUAAAAUCCACCAUAUGAAAACAAAUAUUUAUAGAGAGGCAGAAACAAUAGAAGAUAAAGAACAAUGAUCCACUGCUGUGUUUAUUUUCUCCAGGUUAAGCCGAAGAUCAUCGAACCUCUGGACUAUGAGAAUGUUAUUCUACAGAGGAAGACGCAGAUCAUCAGUGAUGUUCUGCGGGACAUGCUACAGUUCCCCACAGAUGACUUCCAGGUAAGACAAAAAGAGUUAUUUGAGUCCUAAUGGUGAAUAUUGGUUAGAAGCAAAGCACUGGCCUUUAAGGAAAUCAAGGCCGUGACUGUGCUCCUGCAAAGGUUUGAGGACUUUGUGGUCUAGGAGUUUGUUGUUUGAGCUUUAAAACAUGAAAUCUGCUUGAAGAAGAAGCGUUGAAUCAUCUUCAAAAAAUCUUUUAACCUUUUACAAAACAUAAGAUACACUUACAAGCACAGCUGGGUAAGGAAUUGAUUCAUUGACAGACAGAUAGGUACUGCAGGUAGCCGACUACUCCUGUGUCACAAACCAGAACUAGAAAAGCACUUGGAGAGCGCAGACCUCCGGCAAGCAGCUCAUGUCCCCUUAAACAAGAAAUGCCCUGACCGUGAUUCGAACUUCUGGUUGUGAGGCAACAGUGCUAACCACUACACCACUGUGCCGCCUAUCUACACCACUGUGCCGCCCAUUGGUUAUUUUUCAGCUUUGAAAAUUCCAACGACACCCUUAUUUUUGUGUGUUUUGUCCGGAUCACCACCAAAAUGUAAUGGGAUCCUCCUGGGGCUGAGACGCACCUCUGGUGAAAAUUUCAGGUCAAUUCGUUUGUUAAUUUCUCCGUAAAGUUGCUAACAGACAAACAAACAAACAAACCAACGCUACUGAAAACAUAACCUCCUUGGUGGAGGUAACAAUCGACAAACAACUUAGCAAGAUGAAGGCAACCGAGGGCUCCUGCACGGACUCCUCCCUCGAUUUGGAGGAAGAGCAGUUUGUCUUGUUCACACCGGGGUCAGCUUCUUCCAGAUUCCCAGACUCUGUUGGCUGUUUUGAAAAAAAUGGUUUGGCAGUUUUAGACAAAACCAAACAGGCCAUUAAAUGAAGCUGACUUCAUAGAAACACCAGAAAGUCUUUUUGAACUUUUCGAUUACGCUGAUUAACUUUCAGUCCACCGCUCUUGGCUCGUGUCCGUCCAGGAAAUCUUCACCUGCAACGGCUUAGCACAGCUGAUCGUAAGGACUUAAUGACUUGAGGAUCCCAUGUGUAAAAUUCGACUCGUUCAUUUAGCGCAUGUAAUUCAGACUCCAUACAUGCUUUGUAUCUCCUGUUCAAAGUUUAACUCGGAGACUGUGUCAACAUUGCGUCACCGGCGCGCUCCGAUGGAUCUCAGAAGGUCCACUCCCAGAGAAAAUAAAGACAGUCUCAGUGUUUGUCAUACCUCAACCCUCUUGAAUCAGACUUAAAGGAUAAGUCCGCUCAUAUUCAAUAUUUUUCUGAUUGACAAUGUACACAGCAAAGCCAACUGUGGACCUCACCACCUAGAAGUAAGCCCUAAAAACCUUAUAACUCCAUUCAACUGAGCCCCAUCAUAGCCCAAAAAGUCCUGCUCAUAUUUCUGACUGCAGUGGACCCACACAUUGUCAUAUUUGUCGGCUCAGUUGUGUAUUAAGUGUUCUGUUUUUGCAGAAUCAACAGAGCAUCAAAUGCGUACUAAUCCACCGCUAAAAAUAGUUCCCAAAAUAAAUCAACACUUUACUCGGUGUGGGAAACUUUCAGUACAUGGCUGUUUAUGAGACGCCUUAUUUAAUCGCCGAUCUCCGUCUCCGCUCUGUCAUUUCGGUUUGCUUACAUGUCAAAAAUUGUGUAAGAGUCAAAUAAAACAACAAAACAGACUAAAGACACUCUUGGGAGUUGAAGUUAAUAAAGCAAUAACAGAGUUUUUGGUGGGAAAUCUUCAACCUACAGUCUGCUUCGACCCACGAACUAUUUCACAACCAGGAGAUGAUGAGUGGUUUUCAUUACGAGCAGGUCUGCGGAGCACAGCCAUUAGAACUGCCCAGGACUCCUCCAGUAUGUGUGUGUGUGUGUGUGUGUGUGUGUGUGUGUGUGUGUGUGUGUGUGUGUGUGUGUGUGUGUGUGUGUGUGCGACCCAGAACGUCCAUCUGUCUAACCUGCCAUAUGUUUCACAUCAGUGGGCUGAGAGAGUUGGAGGGGGAGCCAGCCAAACAUAUGCGCCGAACAUGUGCACGUGCUGCGAGGACACACACAUACACACACACACACGGAUACAAACUUCAAGUCAAGAUAAAGAGAGGAGGUUUAAUGUAGAGGAGGAAGUGUCGAGUUAUUGAUUUACCCUGCUUUAUCUGCAUGCUAAAUUAAAACAUUUGGUUUUAAGGUCAAUAAGCGACAAGAAUUAAACCAGAGCAGAUGUUUGAAUAUUUUGAUCCUGCACACGUGGAUUCAUACAUAUGCAUAGAAAGGACACUCGCUUUCAUCUUCCAAAGCAGGAAAAAAAAAAGACAUCUGACGACUCUCUCCUCCCUCUCUCAAACCACUCAACUCCUGUACCCCUUAGUGCAGAGUUUAAUUCCUGUCUGGCAUCCCCCUCUCUCUGCCCCACCAUGUCACUGCCUGUGGAAACACGCUCCUCUGGCCCAGUGGAAGCCAUCACAGCCACAGUUUAAUGACUGUAAAAGGAAUGCUGUUAAUUGGCAGGCAGCAGCUCCUGCGAACAGUUGACUGACAGCGGUGCGCUUUAGUCAGAGUCUCACUUGAGUGGCUGAAACAGACAGGCGGCAUGUGUUGAAGGGUUUGUUUUCACUGAGUCGGCAUGUAGAUUGGCUCCAUAGAUUUGAAAGAAGUGUCAUACUGGAUGAUUCAGUGGUAUGCAAAUAGGCAAGUCAAUCACAAACUAAAAUCCAGCUGAAAUAUACUCGACUCAAACAUACUCGUGUAUUAGACUCAGUUCAAAGCGUGGCACAGGCCCCGUUUGACAUCUGAAUGGCCUCCCAAGGUGCCACCUCAAAACCCCAAACUACGAUUGAAGCUAAAAGAGUUGAGUAUGCCACUGUGUCGCACUUAAUUUAUCUCUUUUUUACAAUCUUCAGUAAAGCUGACCAAGUGGGCCGAGCACUUAUUUGCAAAAACAUCAAAUAUUUUAGACCAAAUGUGAAAGUGGUGACAAUGUCGCCCUCCAACUCACAAGAAGAAAUCAAAUUAGAGUUUUCCUCAAAUACAGAUUCAGCUCAAGUUCUUUCAUGACCCAUAUAAUCCUCCCUGCAAUCGCUUUAACACAUGACUGGUACGGCUGAUCUUUAUAACAGGAUAUACAGGGCUGAAUAAACUUUGCUAAAGGCACGUCUUUGAUCGCUAAAACAAGAACUGGACAAAUGAGGGCAGAGGCUCAAUAGCUGCGUGUGCUCUCCAGUGUGAGAAUCGCAGAUAUAUGACAAAACUGGGUCAUCGUGCCACUGUUUCCCACUCAUCUCUGUGGGCUGAGUGGGAAUGCUAAGUGGGAGCAGUGGUGGCUGCAGCAUCCAAAAGCUUUGAAGGAUAGGCGGCUCAACCGUCUUGACACCCCCAGGGCGCCUUGUGCUCCUCCUCGGCGAAGGAUCCUCUCCCUCGUCUGUCGGGCUGUAUCUGUCUAAUAAGACAAGCAGGGAGGAGAAUUAGGAAUAAUACAGAACGCAGAGCCUGGUCUGCAUUUGCUUUAUAACUUUGAAAUGUAACUUUGCUUUUUAGAGCCACAGACAUGCAGUAGAUGUUAGAUUUGAUAGCAACAAGCUGAUGAUUGAAAAUUAAAUGCAUAUAACUCUUAUCUGCAAACGUGUGCAGUCUACUUUUGUAACUUCUGUUCAGUUAUGUGGUGCAAAAACUCCUCUUAAAUAUCACCUUGACAAUAAUCACGGCGAACAUCCGACAUGAUUUCAAAACCUAGAAAAAGAUGGAAGGUGUCAGAGCAGCAUGGCAAGUAGCAUCCUUCAUCCUAAGUGUCCUUGAGUACAGCACUUACCACAGCCGGCAGGAGUCUGCAGCUCACAUUGAUCUUUGACCUUCCUUUGAUGGAGACUACAAAGAGUACCGCCCUGUGGGGAUUAAUAACAUUUCAUAUAAUCACAAGGAGCAAUGAACCCGACUCUGAGCAGCCAGAGCAAUAAAUGUUUCACAGGGUGAGUGAAUUUGCCCUGUUGUGUAUAAACAGCAGCAGUCUGUUCGUGCCAGUCUGUUUCUCAUGCCUGCUCUCCCUCUCCUCCUCCUUCAGAUCUCCACCCUGAGGCGCCAGGGCAGGACUCUGUUCUCCACCGUGCCGGACACUGCUGAGAAAGAAGCUCAGUCGCUGUUUGUCCAGGAGGUAAAACAAUACAUACCUGGGUGUUAGCGUGCUCUGUCCCUGCUUUAUCCCUCCAUCUCUGCUGAAGCUUUAACCUCCCUUUGAAAACCGCAGCCUGACCUAUCUAUCCUUUUGUUUGGAGCACUGCCAUGUUUUCCUCUCUUUUCACACAAACACAGGUGCUUAUAGCCUCUGUCCAGAUAACACAACAGACUCUAACACCCUUAAGACCCAUUGGAUACUGGAGCUGGUGAGCUAAAACAUGUCUCCAGCCAAGGGUUUGUUCUGAUCUGUUUAUGGUUGGAUUUCAGAGGGAGGUCAAAAACCUUUACAGUAUCCAAAUCAUCUCUACGAACUUCCAUUUACAACCUCCACCCUCACAUGUUUCCUGACCACGUAGAGGAUCGUCCACAGAUGGAAUCCACAGUUCACUGUCAGUUCACAUCGUGUUGUUUCAGGGGAGAUGUGUGCCGGGUUUGGUUGGGGUGCGGUCCGAUGGAGCCUGAUAGGGGAUAGUCCCCCAUGGCUGCGGCCAGAAAUUACAUCAGGACUACAUCUGGAGCAGCUGUGCAGCCUCACAUACACACACGACUGUUCUUGUUAUGAAUUUAUUUUUCCUCGUUUUAGUGACCCCUCACCUCAGUCCACAUGGGUAUUUUAUGCAUACGCAGAAUAAAUAAGCACAUGUUGCAAUAUCACAAACCAAAUCACUCUAUGUGGUCGACAAAAUCCCACAAAAAACAUGUUGACUUGCAAACUUUUGUUCCGCCUAGACGGACGUUUAUUUUAUCACGAUGACUAAAAGAAUCUGUGAAUGUUAUGCAGGCUUAUCAUGUGACAUAAAUCCUUUCCAAAUGGGAGUGAUGUUUUCAUUUAACAAAGCAUGAAAUCCGAUUUUUCUCCUCUCUUGUGCUUUUCUGACAUGCAUGAUUUGUAUCAGGAGCAUUCAGACACAAGAACAGUAUUCUUUAAAAGCAUGAUGCAUGCUAAGAUAAAUGUUUGCCUUGCUAAUUCAGUCAAAUGUCAUGCAUUUUUACAGGCUCUGCCUUGUUGUGUUUACUUAAGCUCCUUUGAACAUGAAAGCCUGCUUUAAUGGAAACAUACUCUUUCCAAAUGCAGUCUUUGUAACCCAGAUUUUCCAAAGCUGUUAUAGAAAUCUGCUACCAUCUAUGUCCGGACUAAUAAUCGACAACCUUAAUUAAAAAAAAGCUGCUUUGAGAAUGAAAUAGCUUCAAAAACAAAUUUUUUUUUGGUUGUAUAUAAUAAAAAACACAUUAACUUGAAAAAAGUGCAAAGACAACAAAUCAAAUACUGAAACAUGCAGCAUACUAAUUUAAGAUUCUCCUUGUAUGAUGCGGUUUAAACCUGCAUCAACAAACUGUGACCACAAUAAAAGAUUUUUGUGGGGAAUCUUGACCCUAUGCGUUGAUUUCCACUCCAGAGUCAUACCUGUUUUUAACGCAGUGCAUUUCUCUAGGUUCUUAGCUUCUCUUGAUCACCCCAUUUUGUUAAUAACCUGUUGCUUAUUAACCUAUUUACCCAAAGUUUUUUACAAUAUUAUCUAACUUUCUCCCUGAUAUGUUGUCUUUGCACAUUUUUUUUGUUAAAAAAAGAGUUUAUAUCAUUUGCAUAUCUGUUUUUAGCCACUUUUUAGACUUUUUUCCCAUCAGGGUGGAGGUUAAUGUCUGAAUUUGCUCUUGUUAAAAAGACCUCUUUUCACUCUCUGUCUCUGCAGUGCAUCAAAACCUACAAGUCUGACUGGCAUGUGGUCAAUUACAAGUAUGAGGAGUAUUCUGGAGACUUCCGCCAGCUCCCCAAGUGAGUGUAUGCGGUUAAGAGGGUGGGUUACGUACACUGAUUGUCCUCUUCACCCCCUGUGAAGCACAUCAUGUCUCAAAAUCCCCCCAAGCAAUAUUUUUAAUCUCACUGUGUUUAGCGACUCUGCUCUUUGUUUAUAGUGAUCUCAGUGUUUUGGCCAGAUCUCUAGAAAGACUAGAAAGACGGAAGCUCGUGCCUCCGAGCUCCUCCACAACAACAAUAGGAGCCUUCCUAUGUUUUCUUACCAAGGAUAAGCAAAGCUAUUCUGGGGCUGCUGUUGAUUGAUAUCAUCUAAGCUUAAGGGAAAUCCCAUGAUGCCUGCAGCGUCCUUGGUCGAACCACUUUUCCUUGCGGAUGAGAAUGCUCUUCACAGAUGUUGUGUGUCAUGUUUAAAACAUUGUAGAGUGAAAAAACGGACAAGCCCUGGCCUUGGCCUUGACACUGUUUAUGCAAGUUGUCCCUCAGGGAAAGUUUGGUCUUGCAGAGGUCAAAGGGCAAACAGUCCACCUCGGGUUUUGAGCUACUUUAUGUAAGCCGAGCGCCCUGAAAUGAAACAACAAAUUUCUGAUUUUAUUUUAAAUAUUGUGGAAUUUAACAGUGUUUUUUGUUUACUUGAGAAUAGUUAUUGUUACCUCUCCAAAAGGGUCAUGCAUCAGGAAGAGUUAUUGAAGAAAACAAAGGAGAUUUUGAGGUUAAAAUUAUAGUUUUAAGAGAAAAAAAAGUCAUAAAUAAUGAGAAAAACAUCCAUAAUUUAAGUUUAUGGUCGGCCUAAAUUUUAAUUUGAAAGAGAAGAUCAAAAGAGAAACCAUCUGUUCGGACCAAAAUGAGAGACAUGAGGUAUUUUUGAAGUGAAACUUGAGCCAUUAUACUUUACAAAUAACAAGAUACUCAGUCUUUUACCCCAUUGUAAUAGGAAUCAGGAGUCUGGAUAGAUUGUGCAAGAAACUGAGUCUAGUCUGGCAAAUAGACAGCCUGCUUUUGCAACUUCUGUUCGUCUACAGCUGCCGAGUUUGGGAUCCACAUUCUUCAUUUAAGUACAAGCAGCUAUGUUAUUGUAUGUUAUCAUACAGAUAGAUUAUUUACAGCCUGAAAAACAACUUUUUCUCGUAAAAUUACAUAUUUUUCUUGGAAGAUAAUGACUUUACUCUUGUAGAUUUUCAACUUUUUCUCAUAAAUUUAUUUCUUUUUUUUUUGUACAACUUUAUCCUCAUUCUAUCAUGACUUUACUCUUCAAAUCUCAGAUUAUCCUGUACCCUUAAUUCAACCCUUGUAUGUCAUCAAAAAGAAAAAACUUGGUAUGUAAAUUUAUGUAAUGUAACAUGAUUUUACAGCAUCAUUUUCUGGACCUGACUUGACCUGAUCUUAUUACAUCUGCAGUAGUAUUUUUGCAGUGCUAGACUGAUCUCAGAUUCCUCUUUCUGUCUUACAAGAAUCUAAGUGGAUCCCUCCUCCUUCAUCUUUCAGAGGCAGAGCUUUUUUUCCACCUCUCUGGGAAUAAGCUCCCACUUCAAAUUCAGGUGGAGGACUCUUUUGUUCAAAAGCUCGCUUUAAAACUCACCUUUUAUUAUGGCUGGGUGACCCAAGGGGCUUCAAGAGUUGCAGAGCAGUUUGUGAAGAGAUUGUUAAGUAGUGUGAUUAUAAUGAAAAAAUUUGAAGUUUGACUCUCAACUGCGACCCUCAGCUGCAUUUCAUUACUCUCUCUCUGCUCUCCACAUUUUCUGUCUCUCUGUAAACAGACGAAAUUUUGGAUUAAUAGUUGGAAUACAUAGCGAGCCAAAUAAAUUAAUAAAACCUAAAGAAGCAUGUUUUCAGAAGGCUAACAUUUGCACAUUAGAGAUCAUGUAUAGUGAGCGGGUGGUGAGCAGGACCCUGAUUAUGUUUUUGCCACAGCGUGAACAGGCAGUGGUGAAAUGUACCUGCUUCUUUCUGUGGAUUAAUUUUGUCUGGUUUGGGGGGUCAGGUUGUCCCUAGCUUCACUACUGUUAAGAAAUAACACACUGUUACUCUGGCGAAUUAACCAAUCAGAAUCAGGUAUUUAUUUAUUUACUCAAUUGGCUUUUCUUAUAACCUUCAUAUUAAAUCUUUAGACAUAAAAUACUGAAGUUCCCUUUAAACGAACAGAAAUUUGAGAUGGCUAGUUUUGAUUUAUGUUUAACUCUCAUUUCAGUAAAGUGUUGAGACCUGAGAAACUGGCACCUCACCUGUUUGAGGUGGAUGAAGAUGUGGAAAAAGACGAGGUAGGUCCACCAAUCAUCAAGUUUUCUUCCUCUUUGUUAACCCUAACGAUACAAAACUACCAUUACUUUCUCUCUAGGCCUCACCAAACCCCAUUCAAAAUAACAUGAUUUUAAGAUGGAGUCAUAGAGCACAAACAUCUAAUUAUUGCUCGGUGUGUUUUCAUUUCUUUCUUUCUUCUCCAUCGAUUUUUCAAUGUUUCAGGCCCCAACAGUUUCCCGGAAUAGCUAACAUCUUCAUGACAUUUCUAGUGUUUUAAAGGCACAUCCUCGUCUUAUAAUGACCUCGCUUUAGGCAUCGAUUUUACCAAAGGCCAGUAACCUUUAAUUGACACACCAUCAUGGCUGAAGUCUCCUGAGAUUAGAGGAGUGCAGCGUCAAUGGAAAUGUUGAUCCUAAUUAAGAGCGUUCUUCCCAGGACUGAACAAACAGCCGAUGCCUCCCUGUCUAUCUGCUGGCCCCGGGGGCAGUCAGCAGAUUUCAAAGAUUGAGUUAAAGUUUUAAACUGUUUAUGUUUCAUCUAUUAAUGAAGAGAAAGACCUAAAGACAUGUAAUGGAGGGAUUCUUAUCUGUUUAGCUUCAUUUAGCAGCUGAAUUCUCGUAAUAAUGCGUGUGUUUUUGUUGCCUCCCCCCUGCAGGACACGGCCUCCCUCGGAUCACAGAAGGGAGGGGUGACCAAACAUGGCUGGCUGUACAAAGGCAACAUGAACAGUGCAAUCAGUGUUACUAUGCGGGUGGGUAAAGGAACAACACACAGCUUAUCCAAACCCCUUCUGGAAUUGUUACUGCUUUUUCUAAACUUUAUUUUUGAACCAUAAAGUCUCUGGAAUUAAAGGGGUGUUCCGCAGGAUUUUCCUUAUUAUAUAAAUGACUCCUGUUAUGACUGAUCUUGCUAAUUGCAUCAUUGGAAGUGUAGGAUCCACGGUCUGUUUCUAAUUUUCACACAUAUGAAAUCAAGAAACUUUAAUCUCAUCAUACGGAAACAAGCCUGUGCUUUUUCACCCACAACUUAUUGUACAUCUCCAUCCCACCCUUGAGCCUUCCCAUGCCCCAUUUUCACCCUUGUAGUAUUUAUAGAGAGGAUCUGGUCACUUGGGAUGCUAAUAUUGUGCAUUUCAUCCUCCAGUCCUUUAAAAGGAGAUACUUCCAUCUGGCCCAGCUGGGAGAUGGAUCCUACAACCUCAACUUCUACAAGGACGAGAACACCUCCAAAGAACCCAAAGGCACCAUCUUCCUCGACUCAUGCAUGGGGGUCGUUCAGGUAAAGGUCUAAAUUAGAAAAAAACUUGUGUGCAUACUGAAAGGGAGAGUUUUAAGCGUUUGUGUCCGUGCAAUUUCAGAACAGCAAAGUGCGUCGCUUCGCCUUCGAGCUGAAGAUGCAGGAUAAGAGCACGUUCCUGUUGGCUGCAGACAGCGAGGCAGAGAUGGAGGAGUGGAUCGGCACCCUGAACAAGAUUCUCCACAGCAGCUUUGAGCAGGCAAUGCAGGAGAAGAGGAAUGGAGACCUGCAUGAUGGUGCGUGUUGGAUGCAUGUAUUAAUUUGCUGCUGUACGGUGUUGUCUGAUGCGUGCUGCACCUACAGGCUCCUUUGAUUCUCCAGGAUGUUUCAUAUGAAAACCACUCAUGCUUGAUAAACAACUUCAUUAUUCACAUUUUCUCUCAUGUAAUCCUCGCCUCAUAACAGAGAACCAGUCAGCAGCACAUCACUUUAAUCUAAUAUAAUUGCACCAGCUAACUGGCCUCAUACUGAUCUCUCCAACAGAUGAGGAGCUGGGAAAAGCAGACCUCUCUUCCGGAAGUUUUCAAGACAGCUUUCAGGUAGCCUGUUUCCUCCAUCUGUAUGACCGUUUACAAAAUGCUGACCACCUCUGUUUGACCACAUAAAAAGCAACAACAUGCGGAUUAGUCGACAAAACUGUGGAGGUGUUUUGGAUGCCUAAAGGUGCCGAAUGACUUCACUGACUUUUAAAAAGGGUUUUGCUUUAAGUAAAGUUGUUUAACAGCUGUGUUUUGUAAAGCCAGGUCCCCGCAUUUUCCUGUUGGUGCUCACCAGGCAAACAUCUGGUUUAAUGUGCAUGCUCCCCAAAUGUAGAGGCCAGACGAGGCCGCGUCCAGCAGUGGAACGUGGCAGUCAUAAAUACAAACAGUUAAAGGCAUAAUCUGAAACCUGCUGUAUUUACAAAUCAAUGAAUUUAAGAGCUGAAGUCUAAUCCACGGGUUAUUUUCACACAGUUUGCAAUUCCAAGGGCGGCUCCAGUGUCUUUCAGCUACCGCUUUGAUUUCCGGUUUGCAACUGUGAUAUUUUGGUCCAUUCCUGUAGCUAUUGUCAGCAGUGGUUCAGCAGCAGGUGGCUGUUUACAGUGAAUGCACUCUGACAAAGCUACCGUACAAAUAUUUUUGUCAUGAUAUGUUCUGCUCAGAUAUGAACCUGGUUUUAUUUGAGUGCAUUUUCAAGUGUUUCUGUUCCCCUGUUGUCCAGUCUUGUGAGUUUUCAUCACCAGUAACUGAUGAAAGCAGAGGUUCCUUGUGUUAGAAAUAUACAAGCUGAUGCUGCAGUUAGUGUGCAUAUAUAGUUCUGCAUGACUCAGCAAGUUAACCCUGUUUUCUUUUUCAUAUAACAAGCAGAUUAAAUCACUUUUUUCUUGCUGUGCACUGGACAGACCGCCAGAGAUAUCGAGUCUAAAAUGAGGAGCGAAGCACGCCUGAAACUGUUCACUCUGGAUUCUGACACACAGGUGAGAAAGAUCACACCCUCUGUGAAGUAUUGUCGAACUUCCACCGUCACACGUUCAGGCUUUUGACUUUAUAUUUCCCCAGAAACUGGACUUCUCUGGCAUUGAGCCCGACGUUCGGCAGUUCGAGGAGAAGUUUGGGAAGAGGGUCCUGGUCAGCUGUAACGACCUGUCGUUCAACCUGCAGGGCUGCGUGGCAGAGAACGAAGAGGGACCGACAACUAAUGUACGUUUUAAUAGGACACAAAAAUACAAGCCUCGCUGGAUGUGUUGAUUACAAGCUGUCUUCAUUUCAUCAAAGCUGACUCAGCAGUCACACCUCCGUGAACUCGCAUGUACUCGCAAGUCUCUGUGCACAUUUCCACGAGCUAACGAGGGCGAGCUUUAAACCAGUUAAGAAGAUCACAGACAGUUCAGAUGGCCCACUUGGCGGGCCCCUGUCGAAACUAGUGUUGUUGGCAUGAGGAAUUGAAGUUACCACGGCAACCAGCCUGGGCCUCCUACCGAGCAUUAGCACCAGUCUGAGGCCGGUUUCCUGCUGUCACUCUCCAAGGUCUCUGUCUCUGUGAAGGAGAAAACUGCUACAACACUCGGCGCUCAGCUUAGAGACCGCAGCUAUUAGCUCGCACAUGCACACACAUGCACGCACACACACACACACACACACAGACAAAUGGGUUGUGUAAUGGAAAUGCAUGCUGGAAAAUGUGAACGGGAAGAUGGAUUACAUCUAUAGUACACUUUGACUUGAGGGAAAAUGAGAAGUCCAUUAGGAAGUGUAGCCAUCCCUUAAACUGCUGCUCUCUCCCAGCACAAAAAUAUUUUCUUUCCUCUGUUCUCCUCACAGGUCGAGCCAUUUUACGUGGUCCUGUCUCUGUUCGACGUCCAGAACAGUAGAAAGAUCUCUGCCGACUUCCACGUAGAUCUCAACCACCCUUUAGUCCGACAAAUGACGUCAGGCUCUGGAAACGCUCAGGACUUGCGCAUCGACAGCAGUGGAGACAGUCCUCUUGCUGCUCACAGGCAGGCCUGUGGGCUUCCAGAGGGGGCACUCAGGUACCCUAAACAGGGGGUGUUCUCAGUCACAUGCCCACAUCCUGAGAUCUUCCUGGUGGCGAGGAUUGAGAAGGUGCUGCAAGGAGGGAUCACUCACUGCACCGAGCCGUACAUGAAGAGUUCAGACUCCACUAAGGUACAGAGAUCAGGCUGUGGAUUGCAUAUUGCACAGUGUACCCCCCAUGUAUGAUCACUUAAAUGAAUCCACUGUUGUCCUAUCGACUCUGUAGAUGGCUCAAAAGGUACUGAAGAACGCAAAGACCGCCUGCAGCAGACUGGGACAAUACAGGAUGCCUUUUGCUUGGGCUGCAAGGUGCGAUAAACUCUGGAGUAUUACAUUUGUUGAUCACUAGAAAGACAAGUUUGAGUUAAAGGAGGAGUUUUAAUUUUGGGGGUUUUAUUUGCUGUGUUGUUGUCUUAAAACACUGAUUAGGUUGGGUGAGGUUGGUGCCGUUAAUUAAAAUAAGAAAAAAGGAAAACAAGAUUGAAUGUACCAAUCAUAGCACAGAGUAAAAGGAUAAGGAUAACAGCUAACCUCACUGCCCGCUGCAGCUAAAGCAAAUUUUUUAAUCAAGCUUUGUUGUCAAUUGAUAAAAGAGGCAACCUGACAACUCUUUUGGGGAGCUAACUAGCUUGUAGCACGUCUAACCCUGCUGUAAGAUGAGACGUUUUAUAAACUUGUCUACAAAAAUGUAGGUCGAAGUUUUUAUUAUGGAACAUGAUUAACUUUAUCAAAGCAGUAAAGGGACAUGCACUUUUCAGUAAACUUAUAACCCCUGAAAAUCAAAUAGAGCUGUUCUCUUUUGCCUGUAGUCAUUCAGAUUUAGGAAGCUGCAUAUGAACUGUAUGGAAACUGUCAAAGCAAAGCCUGCCGGGAGAUAGGAAUCUUUAAACCACCCGUGUAGAACUGAAAUGUUCUCUUUCCGCAGCCGUUUGAGUGAUUUUGUCUCUCCGCUCUGUCUCUGCAGGCCUGUGUUCAAAGAUGCAUCAGGAACUCUGGACAAAAGCACCCGCUUCUCUGCUCUCUACAGGCAGGACAGCAGCAAACUGUCAGACGAGGACAUGUUCAAACUGCUGACGGACUUCAGAAAGUACGCCUCGUCUCCUCCCUACCUCUGAAAUAAAUCAGUGUCAUUGGUUUGGAUGUUUAAACGCAGCCUCUUUGUUUCAGGCCCGAGAAGAUGGCCAAACUCCCCGUGCUCUUGGGAAACUUGGAUGUCACAAUCGACAGUGUGGCGCCGGAUGUAACCAGUAAACCCUUUAAAUAUUUACAAAGUCAUUAUUAGUCUCUAUUAAAUCUCAACACACUCAGCCUUGAGCUCCCUUUGUGUACUUUGUGCAGAUUGUGUCACUUCCUCGUACAUCCCUGUGAGGAACUUUGAAGGCAACGGACCCGACAGCGCUCUCCUAGAGGUGGAGGAGUUUGUCCCCUGCAUCGCUAAGUGCUCCCAACCCUUCACCAUCUACAAAAACCACCUUUACGUGUACCCAAAACAUCUCAAAUACGACGGGCAGAAAUCCUUCGCUAAGGUACAAACAUGGAUUAUUUAUGUGAUGUGUAUCAGUUUUUUUAUCCUUUAUGUAACAAAAAAUCACCCAAACACGGAAAGGGUUUGUUUUUGUUUGGCUGGUUUUCUCUCAUCGUCAUCACUUUGUGCUCCGUCAGGCUUAGAAAACAACUGGCACCCGCUCCAGGCUCAAAUAGCCAAGCUUCAGAGCUGGAUAGAUUUAUCCAGCUUCUGAUUAAUACAUUAAUACUCUUCUUUUGACUGGGUCAGCUCCAGAAAGGAAACCAACCUGCCUUCUCUCCUCCCCCCCGUCUCUCUGCCCUCUUUUGUUUUAAGUGAGAGCAGUGCUUCUUUUCCUUCUGCUUCAUCAUUGAGAGUAAUGGAUGACUGUAAUGGAGGCAGAGAGGCACAGAAGACAAAUUGGCAGGAAUUGGCUCCAGGCUAGAAGAGAAAUCUUUGAGCUCGUUCCUGUUUUAUAGUCAGCCGACUCUGUAACUUUUGUCUUUUCUGUUCAGGCAAGAAAUAUAGCCGUUUGCAUUGAAUUCAAGGAUUCAGAUGAGGAUGACGCCGCGCCGCUAAAGGUACAUUUUAAGACUCAAUACUUUUGCAAAGCCCAAUUUUUGCAGCAGUUUGUCCCUGCAGUGAUUUCUUGCACAAGCUCAAGAGGAAACAGUGUUUUGCAUUGCAUACUAAGCAAAUUCACUCUUCUGUGGUGGCAGAUAUGAUCAUUUAUAGACAAUAGGAAUUUUUUUAUCCUUCUGUGACCUGCAGGAACCCUCUCCUCUCUUUAUUAUCUCUGCACCACAGGAACUAUACAUCACAUAUGCUUGAAAAUAACAGCUGCAGGGCUUAAACAACAGCUGUUAUUUUAAACAUCAAAUCCGGUUGUGUUUACAAAGUAUAAAAACAUGUCUCUUCUUGAUGCCUGAUGUCUCCUGCUUUUAAUUCUUCUAUAGUGCAUCUAUGGUCAUCCUGGAGGUCCUCUAUUCACCAAGCAGGCCUAUGCAGCUGUCCUGCACCACCAGCAGAACCCGGAGUUCUAUGACGAGGUAUUUUUCCACUCCAGAUACUCAUUUUCAGCGCUGCCAACAGAACAUUUGAUUGAAUUAUUCUUAUUCAUCGCAAAGACGGAGGUGAGAGCAAGGACAUGAACUCAAAGUCACAGAGGUAGACACAUUUUAGAAGCAGUGGAGUCUCGUUUUAGAGCGAGGAGUUACCCCUCACCAUCUCUUGUGUAGUCUGAGAACAUUUCAUCUCGACACUGGAAAUCCUCUACAGGCUUUUUCACUGGAACAAAGCUCCCUCUGAAUUAGAGAACCGACUCUGGUUAUCUGCGUUUUUUUCCCUCCUUCAGAUAAAGAUGGAGCUGCCAACUCAGCUGCAUGAGAAGCAUCACCUCCUGUUCACCUUCUUUCACGUCAGCUGCGACAGCAACAGCAAAAAGAAAGACCUGGUGGAGACUCCAGGUAGGCUGCAGCUUUCAGCAGAACAACCAGCAGAUGUUUUAAGCACAUGAUAAAAAUAAACACUGAAUUUGUGUAAACAACUCUUGUACAUGAGGAGGGAAAAGCAGUUUGAUUCUCGCAUAAGAUACAGAGUGUUUCUUCAGCUUUUCAGCUCUUCCCUGUAGUCAGAAAUCUUUGAAAUGGUAAUUUUAAAGCUCAGGCAGCAGCCCCAGUAUUAUCAUUAUUUAACCAACAUGUGACUGCACCUGCUUUUUUGCCCACAGUUGGUUCAGCUUGGCUGCCUCUGCUGAAGGACGGCAGAGUCAUCAUGAAUGAACAGCAGCUGCCUGUCGCUGCAAAUCUGCCCGCUGGGUACCUGAGCUCUCAGGAUGGUGGCAGCAAGGUAAAAAAAGUACAGGAUAGAAAGGAUCAGUUUUAGAUUUUGACCAAUUUAAGGGAAAUUAUGCAGAAAAAAAGGAGCAUCUUUCGGCCUCCAGGUGGUACAGCAUAUCUGUAGUGGAAGUCACUGCAUGGGCACAAACCAUGUCUUUAAACCGCUGUCUGUGAACUUCACUGGCAUUCUUUUUUGGAAAUCAUGGACGCCACAUCCUUUGCUCUGAAGAGAAGAGGGCUUGUUAUCAGAGUCCAUCUAUUUCAUAAGACAAUCAAAAUUGAAAUAUGUUGUUUUGCUCAACCAUCAAAAUCGGCCAAUCUGAGCAUUUGACACAUCUCUUAUGGAACUAGGGUUGUAUUCCUAUGCUCUAUGUUUAAGAACAUGACGCGUUUGCUUCAGAUUGAGUCGUUUUAUAGUUUUCCCUGGACUGCCCCUCAAACAGCUUCCUAAUUUUUGGGAUAAGAUCCUUUGCAUUUCCAAAUCGCCCCAGAUGCAAUUUCUGGUUGAUGGAUAAUCAUCUGAUUAGUUGAGAUUGGAUUUGGGACCUUGUUAAAGUGUUCUCAUGACAGAAAUCUGAUCAGGAUUCAAUUUAAUAGAUUAAAACUAUCAGUGUCAUCUCACAAAAAAGACCCUCAGUGCUGGUUUGUGGUGCAGUGCUAAUGGGAUUAGUAUGCAUUUAAUUAAAGCUGCUGUAUGAUUACUAAAGUGGAUCAUCAGGUAAGCUUCAGGGCACAGUGGCUAGUGCUGAUUUGAAAUUCAUCUGCAUGCAUUAGCAGGAGAUUUCUUACAGGUCUCCAUUUAUAAGGAGAUGUAUCUUGUAGCACACUGCAGACAAAUGGUGAGACAGAUGCCUUCUUAUCCUUGGGAAAUGAUAUGAUGUUGUUUGUGCUUAAUACAGUCUAAUGAUUCAACAUAAAGGAGUUUUAACUCCAAGUUUGAUGCAUUGAUUGCUGGUUGUCUGUCUUUGCAGCACUCUGGCUCUGAAAUCAAAUGGGUAGAUGGAGGAAAACCUCUUUUUAAAGUCUCAACUCAUCUUGUUUCUACGGUUUACACUCAGGUAAAUACACAACGGACUAAUCUUCUUCAUUCUUGUCUUUUAUUUGACCGAGAAAUCGAGUCUACAUGCUUUUUUAAAAAUGCAAAUGAAGUGAUGUUUUCUCUUCAGGAUCAGCACUUGCACAACUUCUUCCACCACUGUCAAAGCAUGGAGAUGUCAGAACAAGCCUCAGAGGGGGAGCUGGUGAAAUACCUGAAGGUAUUGUAAUCCUUACUCCUAUCAAACACCCCGGGGAAAAGUGAACACACCCUUCUGUUCAUGCCUCAUCAAACACAACCCUGUAAUGCAGCUUUCAAGUGAAUAUAACCAGCCUGAGUUUACACUCCUCCAAUAUAUGUUUGAUUUUCUCCGCUCCCAGAGUCUGCAUGCAAUGGAGGGUCACGUUAUGGUCAACUUUCUCCCCGCCAUCCUCAACCAGCUCUUCUGCGUCCUGACCAGAGCGACACACGAGGAUGUGGCUGUCAACGUGACGAGGCAAGCCCCAGAGGAAAUACCUGGUGUACAGAGGCAGAAAGAUGUGCCUCAGAGGGAUAUUUUUAGUCUCUUUUAACAAACCUCAACAACAGCUCUUUCAUUUGAAUUUUACUCUUUUUUUAAAUAAUAGCCUGGAUCCUUCUUCUCAUUAAAACUCACCUAUGGUUUCCUCACUCCUCGUGUAUGUUUGAUAGCUCGGGUAUAUAUGUGUGACUGGUCUUUGAAGUCCCGUAGGAAGUGUAUAAAUUAGGAGGCCAUACCUUUGGGGGAAUUAAAGUAACUCCUGUCAGUUGGGUGAUUUCCUCUCAUGCGCCUCAUUUCCAUCUUUCUAUUCUCUUCUUCAGGGUGAUGGUUCACGUGGUAGCUCAGUGCCAUGAAGAGGGGCUCGAACACUACCUGAGAUCAUACGUCAAGGUGCGCUUUGACUCAUGACGAACUCGACAGGAUGUUUAAAUGCUUCUGUGCAAAAAUAACCUCAUUUCUUUUUUCCUCUUUUCUCAGUUUGUGUUAAAGCCAGAACCUUAUUCCUCUAACAACGUCAAAACAGUUCACGAGGAGCUGGCUAAGGCCAUGACAGCCAUCCUAAAGCCAUCGACAGACUUCCUGACCAGCAACAAGCUGCUAAAGGUGACUAAUGUUCUUAGAAACUUCCCCCAAGAAAGGAAAGAGGGACAAAUAAAAGCUGGGGUUUCUCAGUGGUAGUCACAUGACUCCACCUUGAUUGUGUUUUCCUUUUAAUUUUGUUGAUUAGAGGGUAAAUAAAGUUCUUUGCAUUGACUCUGAUUCCUUACGUCGCAGCACUCUUGGUACUUUUUCGAAGCUCUGGUGAAAUCCAUGGCUCAUUAUCUCAUCGAAAGCAGCAAAGUCAAGGUAGGUUUUAUUUUAGUUCUCUCUUCUUAAGCCUCUUUCCUCGACGCCUUAACUCAUCCGACUCUUUUCUCUCCCUUUUUCUUAUCCAGCUCUCCAGAAACCAGCGCUUCUCAGCGUCUUUCUACCACGCAGCGGAGACUCUGGUGAAUAUGCUGAUGCCACACAUCACCCAGAAAUACAAGGACAACCUGGACGCAGCUCGCAAUGCCAACCACAGCCUGGCGGUUUUCAUCAAGGUUGGCACUCCUCCUGAUGCCUGCGGUGCUGGAUUGCCCUUUAAUAUGUAGAUGAGUUCGCGAAAUCGCCCUUUAGUUUAGUUUACGUAAGCCACUGUCGCUGCAGAUUUUUCAUGAUAUACUUGAGUUAAAGGAAUAACGCCGUGUUUACUCACUUUCUCACAAUCAGCGCUGCUUCACCUUCAUGGACAGAGGCUUCGUGUUCAAGCAGAUCAACAACUACAUGAACUGCUUCAUGCCUGGAGACCCAAAGGUUAAAAGACUUCUCCACUUGAUUGUUUUCUAUUUCAUUCAUCAGUAACUUGAAGCUAACUGCGUCUUUUACUCUUUUCAGACUCUGUUUGAGUUCAAGUUUGAGUUCUUAAAGGUCGUUUGCAACCAUGAGCACUUUGUCCCUCUCAAUCUGCCCAUGCCUUUUGGAAAAGGACGAAUUCAAAGGUUCCAAGGUAAAAGACGAAAACUUAACGUCACUUUAAUGCAAGUGGAGCAAAAGCAGUCCGGACUCUGCUUGUUCUCUUUAUCUCAUUAUCUCUUUGGAUUGAUGCCUCCUCACAGAUCUGCAGCUGGACUACUCCCUGACUGACGACUUCUGUCGGAACCACUUCCUGGUGGGCUUGCUGCUGAGGGAGGUGGGCGGGGCUCUGCAGGAGUACAGAGAGAUCCGUCAGAUCGCCGUCCAGGUGCUCAAGGGGCUGAUGAUCAAACACACAUUCGACGAGCGCUACGCUGCGAAAGUGAGUCCCAAAGCUCUCGCCCACCUCGAGUGAGAUCCAGACCAGCUCGUUUAUUCAUGUAUUUUAUGAAUUUAUAAUUAUGAAAGGAAAAACAUGAAAAGGAAAGAGGAACUGUGCCUGCUGAAUACUUUACUUCUAUAUAUUUCUCUCUAACUAUUUCUGCAGUUUUUGUUUGUCUGACUCAUGACUGCCUACUGUGCAUUUCCAGAGCCAGCAGGCCAGACUCGCCACCCUCUACCUCCCUCUCUUCGGCCUGCUCCAGGAAAACGUCCACAGACUUGACAUCAAAGAGUCAGCCUCUCUCACCAACCACAAUGUAAGCCUGACAUCUAGUGGUUGUAAACUGCGUUGCAAGACUUACUCUUGCUUCAGAAGAUAAACCACAAGAUGAUGUGUCACUCUCUCAAAUGUGAGCUGAAAGUGUGUUUUUAUCCCGACUUCUUUUUGCGCCAGAAUUCCAGAGACGACUCUCUGGUGCCGAAUUCCAUGGUGACUCCGCAGAAACCUGGCAGCUGCAUUGAAAAUGCGCUCCACAAAGAUGUGUUUGGGGUCAUCUCUGGGACAGGUAAACACUCCCUCCACUCUCUUAGGAUUGUUAAAUGCAAAGUCAGAGUGUAAAGUCGGAGCUAAUGUGGCAGGAGAUUCUUUCAAAUCUUCAUAACGAGGAAAACGUUCUCUCACAGAUGUGUGAGACUUGGGUUAUUACCUUUCUCGGGAACUGUUUGAGUCUAAUCAUCAAAUUUAGCCCAUAAAACUAAUAACCCUUGAAAAUACAUGGACUUUCUUCCUCAUUGUACCACAUUAAUCAGUUUUUCUAAGCAGCAAAUUUAUAAUCUCUCUUGUGUAUAAACUUUUAUUCACUAAUCUGUAUUUUUACUUUCUGUCCCUUCAGCUUCUCCUCACAGCUCCACUCCCAACGUCAGCUCAGUCCACCACGCAGACUCCAGAGGCUCUCUCAUCUCCACCGACUCUGGAAACAGCCUGCUGGAGAAGAGCAGCGACAAGACCAACUCCCUGGAGAAGGUAGAGGCCACCCAUGACUCGAAAUAUAAAAUCCAAUCAAGGGGUGUCAGUCCUCCCUGGGUCAUCUGCAUAGCCAGAUGACACUAGAAUUCAUUUUAUAACAUCUGGCAUCACCAUUAUUAUUUAAUACGGCAGCCAACUUGCUCAGAAAGCAUGAAUUUCAAAGAUUAUACCAAAAUAAAUCGGUCACUAUGAUCAUUUUUUGAGUUUGUGUUCCUGCAGAAUCCCUCAGGUGAUUUUUGUACCGAGUAUAACAGAAUUAUGCGUAUCACUAAAGAGGCUAAAGUUGAUAUUUCACCGCUCUUCCACGAACUUUACGUUAACACAACAUUAUCUGCACUUUCGGACAUCCACCCCCCCCAUCCAGACCCCUUCUCCCUGCUCCGCAAUCUCCCAACACAACCCGAAGGAGCGCUUCACCAGGAGGCACUCAGUCAACGUGCCCCCUCUCCCUGUGGAUCCCGAGGACCCACCCCUGAACCGCGGCGCCAAACGCGUCACCAUGGACUUCUCCCUCCUGUCCGUGCCUCUGCCGGACCUGCUGCAGGACAAUGAGAGCGAUAAUUGCAAAGAAGCUGCAGGCGUGAGAGUGCAGGAGGAAAACACACCCUUACAAGUAUUCAGUCUGACCUGUGUGACCACUAAAGCGGAGACUUUUGGUCGGAGAUGUACAGAGUCCAGCAAACUUCUCUAAAUGACUCAGUCAACAAGAUGCUUUUGGUGCCGUCUGUGGUUGCAGAUAUCUGUACAAAAUCCUCCCAAAGUCCCUCCCAACAUUCUUCUCCUCUGCGUGUCCCACUUUAGGGAGUGUGCGUGCUUUUCCCGAGGCUGAAGUCGAGAUGACCUUACAAGCCUCCUUUCCUUAUUUCCUUAGAUGCCGUAAUGCAACUAUUUCUUCAAACCUGCAUUGAUGUUGCUAUCUGAGAGUGCAGAGCUGCUGCGGCAAACAGACUGUUUCCUCCUGCUCUCGUGUUCUUUCCACCCUGAAGGAAAAGACUUGACAUUUCUCUGCUCUGAAGUUUUGGGGUUGUUUGAGCCUUUAUCCCUUUGAAGUUUCUGUUUCAGUGAAAGUGUGCCGUCCGCGCCCUAUAGAGCUAAAACUCUCUCCCUCUUAUUUCAGAACCAGUGCGCCUCAGCUCUGGGCAGCUCCGUGCUGCGCUGCGACAAACUGGACCGCGAUGAGAUCAAAAACCUGCUCAUGUGCUUUCUGCAUAUCCUCAAGAGCAUGUCAGAGGGUAGGACAGCCUGUCGAUACGCCUUAUUCUAAAAAGUGCACAUGAAAACUGGUCAAUAAUCAUCUUCUCUCUGUAUUUUUCUCACUGUUUCAUCACCUCAGAGGCCCUGUUUGCAUACUGGAACAAAGCAGCUCCCUCAGACCUGAUGGACUUCUUUACAUUGAUAGAGUGAGUACAGAGGAACCAGAGAAUAAGACAGAGGACAAUUCAGAGAGCUUUGUUUGAAUCCAACAGCAUCACUGAGAAGUCUAAGUUUGCUCAGAGUUCAACAGAAAUGUAGAAAAAGUGAAAGAAAAUAGUAACUCAAGCCACAAAUUUUCAAACCUGACAUUAAAAAAGUUGUUCCACAUUGAAUUUCCUGAAAGAAAACUUAGCAAAAACACACUUGAAACAGUCAAAUAUCUCAUUUAUUCUGAAUAUGUUGUGUAAAUUGUAAAAACAGCUGUGAUCUUGCUUUUGGACCUUGUGUCAUAACAUCAAAAACUCCUCACUGGAGCUUUAAAGAACAAACAGCCACACACAUGUUGGAUCAUGCAUAAUGUGACUAAAGUUUGAGAUGCGUAGCUUAGCCUAAAGUAAAACCUGAAGUUUGGAGGAAACUGUCCGCCUAUCUUCUUCAGUCACAAACAGCCCUAACUUUAGAUUUGUUUUAUGUUUUGCUGUUUACGUAUAUUUAUGUGUUGCUAAGCUAAACGACUUCCAGCUUUAGCUCUGUUGUUAACACACAAAGUGGUAUCGAUCUCUUCUUCCUGUAACGACAUGAGAGCAAACAGAGACUAAAAUAACUGAUGUUUUAUCAAGUAAUUGUCAGAAGAUAAUGAGAAGAAAGCACCAGUGCAGAUAAUGCUAUGUGCUCUGUAUCGAAAAGUAAGUUUGUUUUUUAAUCUCAGACCAAAUAAUGUAAUAUUUACCAUCGUUUGUUAAUGUUGAAAACAAUUUAUUAUCAAUGCAUUCCCCCCUUAGAGUGUCUAUUACUUAUUUUUCGCUAAUCGUCACUAUCAGAAAAGGAUCAUGUGUAAAUAUCAGAUUUGUACUCAAGGACAGCUGAUUUCUACCUGAGAUGUGAUAUACGGACAUCUACUCAAGUAUGGCUCUCAGGAACAGCAUCCACCACUACGACUGUACACAAUUAAAUUUACAAACUCUGACUGAGCUUCAUGUUUUCGUCUUUGUCCUGCAGAGUCUGCCUUCACCAGUUUAAAUACAUGGGGAAGAGAUUCAUCGUCAGGUAAUCUAGAGUCUAAUGUCUGUUUUCAAGCUAAAUUAACUGGUUCUUACACGACAUGAAUUUGUGCAAUGUCUCUCACAGCCAGGCUUACACAGACUUACAAACUUAACCUUGUGCUGGAUCUUUUAACCCCUUUUCUUUUGGUUUGUUCUCUCAUGCUGCAAAGUUGAUUUGUGGUUAAUAAUGCCGCUCCUGGCCCCUCCUGCAUGGGUAAGAAAUGGCUGCCUUUACUUCUCACUUUGCUUCAUUUUAAGCAUGAUACUACCAUUUAUUGAAAGACAUCCCAGCCAUGUUUCUGUUCCCUUUUUUAUCUCGCCAUCACUUGAUUUGUCGACAUUUGAUCCUCUUAUGCCUCUCCCUGACAUAUUGACUGUGUCAUCUUUUAUCUUAAUCUCAUUUCACUGGUGUUUGUCUCCUCCUAUCAGGAGCCAGGAAGCGGCGGCGGGGCCUGUAGCUCCCGACAGGAAGUCUCUGACUCUGCCUGUGUCUCGUAACAGAGCGGGGAUUCUGCACGCCCGUCUGCAGCAGCUGGGGACUCUGGAGAACGCUCACACCUUCAAUAACAGUACGCAUCUCCACCUGUCCUCACACACAGAAUAAACACUUCAUCGCGGAGUCAUAACUCAGUGAAAAACACAAGUUAUCUAAUGCACAGAGAAAAAAGAAGCUGUUUGGAUGGUAAAUUGCAAGUGCACCACAUAAAUGUACUCGUAUGUUGUCUACUGACCCCUACUGGUAGAAAGUAAGUGCUUCAAAAACAAUCUUUUUUUUCUCCCAUGAAAAGCAAAAUUAAACAUACUCAGCUCCCAGGCUGUUUCUUUAUAAAAAUCACAUGUACCUCUCCACUAGAGUGAUAUUUUGCUUUGUUUUGUGCUCUCUCUGCAGUGUAUCCUCAUACUGAAGCAGACGUGAGCAGCCAGUGUCUCCUGGAGGCCAACGUGUCCACAGAAGUCUGUCUCACCGUCCUGGACACACUCAGUAUCUUCAUCAUGGGGUUCAAGGUCUGAAAUCGCCAUCAUGCACGAUACAUUGUGAUUCUGAGGACACAUUUAGUGAAUUGGUUUCCUGAUAUUUGAUUGUUCUCACAGACGCAGCUCAAUUCAGAUCUCGGUCACAACCCCCUGAUGAAGAAGGUUUUCCAGGUGCAUCUGUGCUUCCUGCAGAUCCCGCAGUCUGAAGCUGCGCUCAAACAGGUCUUCACCUCACUCAGGACCUUCAUCUACAAGGUAAAUGCAAGAAAACUGCAAAUUGUUUCUUUAUUUACUGUUUUUCUCCUUAUUUCCACUCAUGGUGCCUUAUUCUUUCUGCUAGUUCCCCUGCACCUUCUUCGAUGGCCGGGCCGACAUGUGUGCCUCUCUGUGUUAUGAAAUCCUCAAAUGCUGUAACUCCAAGCUGAGCUCAAUCCGCAGCGACGCUGCCCAUCUUCUUUACUUCCUCAUGAAGAGCAAUUUUGACUACACGGGGCGCAAGUCUUUUGUGCGAACACACCUGCAGGUUUGUGUCUCUGUGGUUGUUUUCAGAUCACACUGUUGAGGUCAACAGGUAUGCUAGCCAACAUUUGGAUGGUUGUCCUUCGUUUUGUUGCACCAGGUGGUGAUUGCUGUCAGUCAGCUGAUUGCUGACGUCAUCGGCAUCGGUGGGACACGUUUCCAGCAGUCUCUCUCCAUCAUCAACAACUGUGCCAACAGUGACAAAUCCAUCAAGGUGAGACAUCUCACAGUCACUUCCAUAUACAUAUUCUUUUGUUUAUGUAAGAAAAACAAAAAAAAAACAGAUUGCAUAUUUCCUAUUAAAGCAGACUGAAAAGCUUUAUUCCCUGUCCACUCUGGCAGCACACAGCGUUCCCGUCGGAUGUGAAGGACCUGACGAAGCGUAUCAGGACUGUCCUGAUGGCCACAGAGCAGAUGAAGGAGCAUGAAAACGACCCAGAGAUGCUUGUGGACCUCCAGUACAGCUUGGCCAAAUCUUACACUAGCACACCUGAGCUCCGCAAGACCUGGUUGGACAGCAUGGCUCGAAUUCAUAACAAGAACGGAGAUCUGUCCGAGGUACUUUGCAGAAAAGAACAUUUUUAAAGGAAUAUUUCACCUCAGUUUUACAGUUUUGAGCUAACAUGUUCCUUUUUGUAUUUCACCUGCAGGCUGCCAUGUGUUAUGUGCAUGUAGCUGCAUUGGUAGCUGAAUAUCUGUGGAGGAAAGGUAAGUCAUUCACGUCGAAGUGUGAUGAUGGUGUGUGCUUCAUUAGUGCAUGCAAAGUGACUUUUAACUCCACUCCAGCAUUUCUAUUAUCUCCACUUAUAGAGGCCAUAUAAUGAGUAAGUGAUAAGAAGAAGAUAAGUACCAAAUCACUGUUAAACAAAUAUAAUAAGAUUUAUUUAUGCACUUGUUACAUAAUGGAGAAAGUCAUAAAAUUGCUCAGUGAGCUAGAAAUAUCAGAACAAACUACACGUACUUAAAAAGAUUCAGAUAUCUCAUGCCUCUUUUUACUACUUGAUUCUGUAACUUGAAGAAAACUAUUCCGAAGUCCCACACACGCCCACUCACAGGAACCCACGCCUUCAUCUUCCACCUGAGCACCCGUGCAAGGGUCAUGUGUUCAUUCCCGUGUUAAAAACACUCCAGCAGGGCAUUCUUGAGAUAAGAUCCUCCAUCAUGUUUCUUAUCAUUCAAACAGGUGUGCAGACUCUGGAGGGGUUUGUUUUAUAACGUGAGAGGAUUUUAUUAGGGGACAGGUCGUCGUCAGGCCAGAGGAGGUUGACUUGAGACUGAUCUCUCACUGAGUUACACCUUUAUCUAAUAUCUAUCAGCUGUGAAAUGAACACAUUAGAUGCUUUAAUAAUGCUUUUUCCUAAUUAAGAAAGAAAUAGAGAGUUAAAAGUUAGGGUCAGUGCUAAUGUUGGUAAAAUCUCAAAGUCAGAUAUGAAAGCGUGUGACAGGAAUCCCAAGAUGAGCCCGCUUUGUACAACUUAUUCAAAAAGCGAAAUCAACACAAGCUUUCCCCUAAUUUGUGACAUCCUAAUUUCCUAAUAAGAGGGUAGUGACUCUAAAACUGGCCAAACAAACAUUCUGUUUUGGAAUUUUCUUGCCCAUUCUCUGGACCUCCCAGGUCAGAUUUAGGGUCUGAAUUUUGGCUACAGAAACACAAAUUAACCUCUGACGCUGCUUUUCAAAGUGUUCUUGCAUCUCAGAGGGGAUGUUUCCAGGGAUAAUAAAGAUUAAUUGAAGAAUGAUAAGAAUUUACAAGUCCACUGACGCUGCAAUAUUUAGUUUUGUUAACUAUCAAACCAAACUUUGAUGUAAUGUGUCGUUUAAAACCCUAAUUUUAUAUUAAUUUUUGUCUUAUUAUCAAAGGUUUGAUUUGAUUUUGAAUUCCAGGUAUGUUCAGGGUGGGCUGCUCCGCUUUCCGUGUGACCACUCCCAACAUCGAUGAAGAGGCGGCGAUGAUGGAGGACGUAGGGAUGCAGGACGUUCACUUUAAUGAAGUACGACUCCAUAUUCUAGUCUUUUCUAAGACCCUUGAAUGUCCGCCAGUCUCUCUGUGCUGACAAAGCAUGCUGGGAGUUUUUUUAAGACUCCUCAUUGAUGACACGUGUCACACCACGACUGUCUGUUAGAGCUCUUAUCUCUAUUGGAUACCAAUUGCCCUGCGAGGUGAAAACACCGGAGACUUUGCUCAGGGCUUGGUUUGUGUUUUGUUCAUGGAAAAAAACACUCUGAUCAGGCAGGUGGGACAAUCGUGUGGAAAUGUGACAUGGGACACAGAGGUUUUCUGCUGAAGUGAUAACCCUGUGAAAUUGAAAGUGACGCCUUGAGACCUGCAACCUUUUAUGAGACAGUCAACAGAUCAAGAGGCAAUGAAAUCUGCUUUUAUCCUCCAUCUGCUCUGAAAACCUUUCCUCAAUAAACGGGAUGGACAUGAUGUGCCCAUUUCCUCUAUCUUUACAGGAAUACUAUGCUCAGUUGAAGUAACUCGAGCCUCUUAAAUAAAUAAAAAUGUGUCUUUUUGCAACAGCUGCAGGAAGGAGGGGAGCUAAAUGAAGUUAAAAUUCAUGUCUGUGUGUGCUCAGGAGGUGCUAAUGGAGCUGUUGGAGGAGUGCGCUGAUGGCCUGUGGAAGGCUGAGCGCUAUGAGCUCAUCGCUGACGUCUACAGGCUCAUCAUCCCCAUUUAUGAGCAACGCAGGGACUUUGAGGUAAAGAGGGGUCGCAUGUCUGAUGAGAAGUGUGGUUACUUUAAAUUCAGAGUGAUGCUGCGUACGUACAUAUACAGUAGUGUUGUGUUUGUAUUAUCAGCUCUGGUGUAGCGACUUACUGUAAAAUCUACUCCCUUCAUGAGACAGACAACAUGUGUUUAACUGCAACAUCCAGAUUUUGUAUUUAGGGAUGCUUUAGAUGUUAAUUGUCAUUCUUUUGUUGCCAUAGAAACUGACACACCUGUACGACACCCUGCACCGUGCCUAUACCAAAGUGAUGGAGGUGAUGCACUCUGGAAAGAGACUUCUGGGUACUUACUUCAGAGUGGCUUUCUUUGGACAGGUGAGAGGCGGGGCUUCAGAGCGAAUCUCAUAAGAACACAUUAACUUGAUACAGUAAAUUUGUUUACAUGAGUAGCAUUAAGGCUAGCUCAAUUCAGACUCUUACUACAAGCAUAAAGCAGUCUGCUCGAUGUUAGCUUUUACCCACAUGGAGGCACAUGAACCCUGUAAUUCCAAUCCGCUCAACUUAAACCUCUCUCUUUAAUUUUCUUUUCUCCUCCCUCUCCAAGGCUGCGGUAAGUGCCUCGUGGUUUAGCUGUGUCUGUUAGCCUGGUGUGCUCCACCUGCUUGCAUCAUUGUACUGCUUGGGGCUCAUGUUCAGAUUUAGCUUUAGAUUUCCCAGAUUUAGUGUCUGAUUUCUGAACACUAGCUUAAAAAAUGGUGAAAUAGUAUUUGAAUACAAUCAGCAGUUACUCUCAGUGCACAAUGGAAGAAGCUUGCAUUAGCAUAGCCCCCCUCCUGUGUGCUAUUUUAGCUGACCUCCCUAUUAACUUGGAGUGAUUCAACUAGCCUGCUUCCACCCACACAAACUUUAAUGUACCAUUUUACCGACACGCUGCGAAAAUGAGUUUUAUAAACUCCCAGAAACUUUUGUCUCCUUUGAAACCAGCUGACGUUUGCAUGUUUGAUGAUGUUUGUUUUGCUCAUUAGCAUGAGAGAUUUAAUUUUUUCAAUACAAGUUCCUUGAGCUUAGUUCGUUUGAUUGUCUGUUCAGUAGCUUUUGAAGUGUGUGUUUUCGUGGUAGUAUUUUCUGUCCAUUUGUUGUUGAAUAAACUCCCCUUUUACAGUCGUAAAGCUUAUGUUCAAGUUCUUCUCCUUCACAGGGCUUCUUUGAGGAUGAAGAUGGAAAAGAGUACAUCUACAAGGAGCCAAAGUUCACUCCACUGUCCGAGAUCUCCCAAAGGCUGCUGAAGCUCUACUCCGACAAGUUCGGCCAAGAGAACGUCAAAAUUAUUCAGGACUCUGGCAGGGUGGGAUCAUCUUUGCAUUUCAGCUGCCGUGAACAGAAAAUCAUCAGAGUAGUGUACCAGCUUUGGCAGGACAUGUCAUGUUCAGGAUGUAGUAAAUGCUUAAGCAUGAAGAUGUAAUAGGACUAAACAGAGACAGAAAGGUGAAGGAAUGGGGCUCGGACAGCACAGCACACUAAGUGCUCCAUGGAAGGAGGCUGUAGUCCUCAAAGCAGAGGUUUUGGGUUUAACUUCUGGCCACGACCCUUUUCUCUAUGUCUUUCCCCACUCUCUGCUCCCCAUGUUUCCUCUCUCUUUUUGAAUAAAAAGAAUACAACUUUAAAUGAAAAAAUUCUAAAUACACAUGCAACUCUCCAUCUUUUAACCUUGAAAGUAGCAAAGCCAGCAUUUCCAACCUCUUUGGCAGCUCAUUUGCAAAGCUAAGCCAAUUAUUAUCCUGGAUGAGGCUGUCUAAUUUGGCACAAAUGCCGAAGUGGUAACAGCCUCCUUCAUGCCAGGAUAACAAAACCAUUAGACUAUUGUUUUAGCACUUAAGGGGUUUCAAUGACGUCCAUGUCUGAGCCAAAGUUUGGUGGUCCUGAAGGUCAGAUGUAAAAAAAAAAAAGUGAAAUAUUUUUGUAUUUUCUUAAACACUUUUCUUACCUGUUUAAAAGUUUUUGUUUUGUGAAGUAGUUUUCAAAGUUUUGCCAAUGUUUUUUUUUCUCAUUUUCUUGAAAUAUUUUUGUAAUUUGUGGUAAGCAUCCAAGUUUCAUGAAAUAGUUUUUGCAUUUGUUCUAUUAUUUGAAAAAAUUAUGAGAUUUUUUUUUGUGUGUUUCAUGAAACUUUCCUAAAUUUUAGAACGCAUUUUUGAUUUUUUUCAUGUAAUAUUCAUCAAUUUUUGGGGAUUCAUUAAGUUUUUUUUUUUUUCUUUUUAUCUCAUUUUUUAAACAUCCGGUGAAAUAUUUUAGCAAUUUAUGAAUCAUUUGUGUGGUUUACCUGCAAUAAUUAAAAAAAAAAAAAUUUAAGAUCUAUUUAACUUCUUUAAAAUAUAUUUAUCUUUUUUUAAAUAAAUAUAUAUUUUUCAUAUAUUUAUUUAUAUAUUAAAUAUAUAUAUUUUUGCUUUUUUCUAAAUUUGUUUUUAUAAUACUCGAUAAUCAUCCAGUGAAUAGUAUUUUAUGAAAUGUCAGUGUAGUUGACAUUCAGAGCCACUUUACAAAAUAGUAAAGUUUUUGUCUUUUUUGACCCUCAGGUGAACCCAAAGGACCUAGACUCAAAGUACGCCUACAUCCAGGUGACACAUGUGACACCGUACCUGGAUGAUAAGGAGCUGGAGGAUAGAAAGACUGACUUUGAGAAGAGCCAUAACAUCCGGCGCUUCGUGUUCGAGACGCCGUUCACCGUGUCGGGGAAGAAGCAGGGAGGGGUGGAGGAGCAGUGUAAACGGAGGACCGUUCUCACCAGUAGGUGACACAGGGGUUAGAUGUAGUUACCAAGGCAGCAGCUUAAACAUCAGGAGGUUAUGAUCAGCAAUGUGAGGAAGCACAAGACAAGAAUAUCUCCCACCUGUUUUUGUUGAUUACACCUGAGCUGUGAGUCAGAUAAGGCCAGGUGAGGUUUAUCAUUUUAUUGUCCUCCUAAACCCAAAGCUCAGGUGUUAUCAGGUCUUAAUAAUCACACGGAUUGAUAGUGAUUUUAACUGUUGUACACUCUGUCUUUAUUUAUUACUCUAUAAUCCUAGCCUCACUAAAACAACCAGGCCUCCAAUUUAGCUCCUGUCUGUAAGUAUUAUUCAUGCCCUCCUUAAUUCUUUUCCCAUGCAGCCACCCACUGUUUCCCCUAUGUGAAGAAGCGUAUUGCCGUCAUGUACCAACACCAAACAGACCUGAGCCCCAUCGAGGUGGCCAUAGAUGAAAUGAGCGCCAAAGUGGCCGAGCUGCGUCAGCUGUGCUCGGCGUCUGAGGUGGACAUGAUCCGCCUGCAGCUCAAGCUGCAAGGCAGCAUCAGUGUUCAGGUAUGAACUGCAAAGUUCCGCUGCCGUCAAUAAGGCUGUAAAUCACUUUGACUUCCUGGGAAUGACUCCUAACUAAGGAUCCUUGACCCGUGUUGUUUUCCAGGUGAAUGCAGGUCCACUCGCUUAUGCAAGAGCCUUCCUGGAUGACAGCAGUGCCAAGAAAUAUCCAGACAACAAAGUCAAGCAGCUCAAAGAAGUGUUCAGGUACUCAUUACCAACAGAAACAUUUGCAUUUGCAAAACCACGAGCCUCCGUUCUCUCAGUGUCCUCUGACAGUGAUAGGCUUUUGAACUGACUCAACUGUGUCAUUCUAAUGUAAGUCCCUGUGAGGAGUUUAUAGAUGGAUGUGAACCAGACUGAAACUAAUACCGGUGCCUGUUUAUGGGCUAUAAAAGCAAACAGAGCCAUCUGCAGCAUGAUUCACUAUUUCUGUUCAUUUUUCUGUCAAUUCCUUGAAACUGCUGUUGGAGGUAAUCGUCAGAGGAGAGGAUUUACAGCCUGCCAGGGGAACAGCCUUUUUAAUUUUUCCGACAGCAAAUAUGAUAUUUUGGCAGAAAAAAAUGACUAAUUCAAAGAAGAUCAUCGUACGGAUGGGACUACUUUGUCCACAGGAGGCGCCAUCAAGCUUUUUUCUUCACCAAACAUAAGUCUUUAAGCUCAGCUGGUUUGAAUAUGAACAUGUGUAUUUCAGUCGGUAUAUAUUUGUCUUUUCCAACUACAAAGAAAAAAACAACUUCCGCUUUUUUACUCUCUAGUCUUUCCACUUUCCCUUCAUCAGCAGAAACACUAAAAUUCUGUGCAUUUCUCCGAGACAGGCAGUUCGUGGACGCCUGCGGUCAGGGGCUCGGGGUGAACGAGCGGCUGAUCAAAGAGGACCAGCAGGAGUAUCACGAUGAGAUGAAGGCCAACUACAGAGACCUGACCAGAGAGCUGUCCAACAUCAUGCACGAGCAGGUAGACACAUCUAACACUGUAACUCAUCAGGAGUCCAGGUAGCACUCUGCACGCUGACGGAUCAAGAUGACUUCUGUAGACUGACAAGAGAGGGUUUCUUUCUCACUUCUAACCUACGAUUACACAGAAAAUAUGUUGCAUAAAAGCUCCUUAAAAGACCGUACUAACUACUAACCCUGUUUCUCAUGUCUUCUCUUUGUGCUGGCCGGAACAGAUUGGAUGGUAACGUUGCUUUUGUCAUUCACUCAAUAACUGUAGGGUUAAGAUGUGGAGAGAAGUAGCUGUUCUUGUUGAAUAAAUGGGAUGUUGUACUCUGCAGAAAAGUGCACAUAUGAGCUCACAAACUUUCAUCAUUUUUAAGCCUUUUUUGUAAAAUCUUGAAAUGGAAAGUUAAAAAAGUGUCUACAGAUCUCCCAAAAAGUGGGCUAGAGCACCUUUAGAAAAAAGGAAAAACAACCGGUGCUCUGACUCCCUUAAUUUUUUGAUAGUUCCUAAUCUGACAUGAACGUGCAUGUGUGUUUUUUACACUUUUAAACGCGCCGAAAAAGUAUUUUGACAUUUUCCCUUCCUCGUUAGAUAAACCCGGUGGAAGACAGCACACGGAGCGCGCUGUCUGACUCGAUGGGCAUCUUCAACGCCAUCAGCGGCACACCGUCCAGUGCCAACCCACACGGCUCCACCACCUUACUCUGA